GUGAUAAGAGCUCAGUAAGUGAUAACGAAAAGAAGAUAACAUUGGAUCCUGGAUACGUGCAAGGAUUAAGGUGGAAGGAGGCUGCGAUCAGCCAUGGGGACGGCAAAGAUGAAACAUCUUUGGCCGGUGGUGGUGUGGAUACUUUUUUCUUCGUGUCCAGCCGAUUCACACAAUGGAUUCGGUCAUGGAUUGAAGAGAGAAGUGUUCUUUCUAAAUCUGGAAGACGGAUACUUUGGCUGUCAAAUCAAUAAAUCGACAGACAUCCUGCAGCUUUUAGAGCUGUCGAAACUCUGUGACAAUCAUGUAGAUUGUUUUCAAGGAACAGAUGAGCAGCGUACUAGGCUAAAGUGUACAGACGACUGUACCAAAGAAGAUGGAACCCCGUGUUCAAACGGAGUUUGCCUCGACUCAGUCUGUCACUGCAACGAUGGCUUCGGAGGCUGCAAUUGCCAAGUUCCAGAUGAGAACGAGUGCAAGUACAGACCCUGUGAUAUUUUUGCUCACUGUACGAAUACUCUUGGCAGCUAUCAGUGUUCCUGUUUUCCUGGUUAUCGCGGAGACGGAUUCCAUUGUGAAGAUAUAGAUGAGUGUGAAAAUCCAGCCAUUGCUGCACGCUGCGUCGAAAAUGCCGACUGCUGUAAUUUGCCUUCGAAUUUCCUAUGCAAAUGCAAACCGGGAUUUACUGGCGACGGAGAAGUUCACUGCGAAGAUGUGGACGAAUGUGCGAUACACGGUGCAUGCGGAGAAAAUACUCUGUGUCAGAAUACACCUGGAAAUUUCACGUGCACGUGUCAGCAUGGAUUCACGGGAGACCCAUACAAAAUUUGUACCGACAUAAACGAAUGUAACUACGACGGUGCUUGUGGAAGAGGUGCUUUGUGCAUAAAUUUGCCUGGAGAACACAAAUGCGAGUGCCCUGAAGGAUACGAUGGAAACCCAGAAGAUGAGUGUAGGGACAUGGACGAAUGUCUUCGAAGCCCCUGCGGACGAUCGGCCUUAUGCACGAAUAUGGAUGGCAGUUUUCGUUGUGCUUGCCCCGAAGGAAUGGAGGGAGACCCAAUGCUAGGCUGUCAUGAUAUAAACGAAUGCGAGGGCAAUCCCUGCGGUGCGGACUCGGAGUGUGUAAACAAGGAAGGUAGCUUCGAGUGCAGAUGUCGAUUGGGAUACCAAAUGGAUUCCAUCCACGGCUGUAUCGAUGUGAACGAAUGUGUUCAGAAAAAUCCCUGCGCUACUAAUGCCAAAUGUAUCAACGUACCAGGAACAUUUAAGUGCAUAUGCCCUCAAGGCUUUGUCGGCCAGGGGCUCACCCUUUGCGAAAAUGUUAACGAAUGUGAGAAAAAUCCCUGUGGAGAAAAUGCGGAGUGCACAGACACAAACGGCAGUUUCAUUUGUAGCUGCAAGGCAGAUUACACUGGUGACCCGUUUAAGGGAUGCAUUGAUAUCGACGAGUGCACUGCAUUUGAGAAUCCGUGUGGAACCCAUGCUAUUUGUAAAAAUUCAGUUCCUGGAUAUACAUGUCUCUGUCCUCCAGGGUUUAGUGCAAAUCCUAGUCCAUCUGUUGCUUGUGAUCAGACUGAUGUUGCGACUCUCUGUAAAUCCAACUUCGACUGCGUCAACAACGCAGAAUGCAUUGAAGGUCAAUGUUUCUGUAAAGAUGGGUUUAAAGCACUCGGUGCUGAAUGUGCAGAUGAAGACGAAUGCUUGAAAAAUCCUUGUGGACCAAAUUCUGUUUGCACUAAUACAAGAGGGCACUUCCGCUGCGAUUGUGAAACAGGCUUUAUUGGAACACCACCGCACGCACCUUGCAAAGCUCCAUGCGACGAAGUAACUUGUGGCGACCAUGCAUUCUGCAAAGCUGAUGGUCAAGAAGCCUAUUGUAUUUGCGAAGAUGGCUGGACAUUCAAUCCUAAUGAUAUUGCAGCUGGAUGCGUCGAUAUCAAUGAAUGUGAUGCAGUAAACGGUCCAUCUGGCCGGUGUGGUAAAAAUGCAAUUUGUACCAAUUCUCCGGGCGGGUUCAGUUGUCAGUGUAAGCAAGGAUACUCUGGAAAUGCUUUUAAACAAUGUUUAGAUAUUGACGAAUGUUCUCGAUCAGAUGCAUGUGGACAUGGAGCUACAUGUACAAAUAAAGAAGGCUCUUACACUUGCUCCUGUCCACCAGAAACUAUUCCAGAUCCAGAUCCGUACAUCAAAUGUGUUGGAAUUGUCACCUGUGAGGCCGAUAAUGACUGCCCUGGUAAUGCCAUAUGCGAUCCACAGAAACGUUGUCUGUGUCCAGAGCCCAACGUUGGAAACGAUUGUAGACAUCCUUGUGAAGACCUCUCAUGUGGACCUAAUGCUCACUGUAUGCUACUUAAUGACGUCGCUAGUUGUUUAUGUAGCAAUGGUUAUACAGGAAAACCAGGCGUCAAAGGUGGAUGCAAAGAUAUUGACGAAUGCGCUGUAAAUCCAUGCCCGCCGGGUGCUAUUUGCAAUAACGAACCAGGAAGCUUUUCGUGCCAGUGCCCCAGCGGAAUGACUGGGGAUCCUUACAGCGGUGGAUGUGAAAAAUCACUAUUACCCCAUGUUUGUGGUCCUAACACACCUUGUCCAGUUGGAGAACAGUGUAUUAAAGACGAAUUUGUCGGAAGUAGUGUUUGUAUCUGUCAAAGAGGAUACACGCGAGAUGCAGAGACUCAGAAGUGUAGAGACAUUAAUGAGUGUCUGGAACUUAGAGACAAGCCUGCUUGUGGAGUCAACGCCAUCUGCAAAAAUCUGCCUGGAAGUUACGAAUGCCAAUGUCCAUCUGGAUUUAAUGGGAAUCCGUUUUCGCUUUGUGAAGAAUGUAACAGCAUCGAGUGCCAAUGUCAACCACCUUAUAAAAUCGUAAAUGGCAAGUGUAUGUUGGCUGGUUGUUCUAAGGGUGAAACUUGUCCCGCUGGUGCUGAGUGUAUUACGAUAGCGGGUGGCGUCAGUUAUUGCGCGUGCCCCAAAGGUUACAGCACUAAACCCGAUGGAUCUUGCGAUGACAUUAACGAGUGUAUUGAAGGCCACCAAGUGUGCGGAUACGGUGCUGAAUGCAUAAACUUACCUGGUUCUCAUCAAUGUGUUUGUCCGCGAGGAUAUGGUGGUGACCCGUACAAUGGUCUCUGUGCCCCCGCUCAAAAGCGAUGUACGAACGAUAACGAAUGUAAAGCUAACGAAAAGUGUGUACAGCCUGGUGAAUGUGUCUGUCCACCGCCGUUUUACACUGAUCCUAUCGACGGAAAUCUCUGUAAAAAUCCUUGUGACCGGUUCCCAUGUGGACUCAACGCAAAAUGUACGCCUAGUGAUCCACCGAGGUGUAUGUGUGAAGCAGGAUAUGAAGGAGAUCCUCAACAUGGUUGUGUGGAUGUCAACGAAUGUAACAACAAUCCUUGCGGUCGCGGAGCCUACUGUUUCAAUAUUAAAGGCGGUCAUGUUUGUGAAUGUCCUAGAGGCAUGUCCGGUGAUCCAUAUGGAGGCGGAUGCUCUGGUGCAGCAGUGGCCAAACAAGAAUGUUCCUCAAAUGAACACUGUGAAAAUUAUUUAGCGUGCGUUCAAGGUAGUUGUGUCAACCCCUGUGACAAUGUACCGUGUGGGCCAAAUGCCUACUGUGAACCUGAUAAACACGCUCCCUGGUGCCGCUGUGUUGUUGGAUUUACGGAAGGCAAAAACAACGAAUGUGUUUCUCAAUGCGAUGGUUACGUUUGUGGUACUGGAGCUCAGUGCAUUGUUAGCUAUGAUGGGCCAACUUGCAAAUGUAUUGAAGGUUUCAUGGGUAAUCCAUUCCCAGGAGGUCAGUGUGCGCCAGAUAUCUGUUCUCCAGAGAUUCCAUGUGCAGAACCCAGCGUGUGUAUAAGUGGACGUUGUAAACGGCGCUGCGAAGGUGUGGUUUGUGGAAUUGGUGCCAGCUGUGAUCCUGUUAACAACAAAUGUGUUUGCAACCCAUACUUCGUAGGAAACCCAGAUCUUCUUUGUAUGCCACCGGCACAAGCACCUCGUUGUGAUCCAGCUUGUGGAACCAACGCACAUUGCGAAUACGGUCUUCCAGAUUCUACAUGUGUAUGCAAUCCUGGUACAAGUGGUAAUCCCUAUUACGGAUGUGGAAUUCAACAAAAAUCUGAUUGCUCCCAAGCUCUAUGUGGAAAGGACGCCCACUGUAGCGCUGGACCAAACGCUGUUGAAUGCCUCUGUCCACCAGGAUUUGCUGGAAACCCAUACAUUCGAUGUUUCGAUAUUGAUGAAUGUAACGGAAAUGCUUGUGGCAACAAUGCAGUCUGCAUCAACACAAUCGGAAGUUACGACUGUCGCUGUAAGGAAGGCUUCUUUGGAAAUCCGUUCAUAGCCUGUCAAGAAUUGCAAAUUGGACCUUGCACAGAUCCUGCAACCUGUAGAUGCAAUUAUGACAUGCCUUGCCCUGGAGACUUCACAUGUGUAAACGAGAGAUGCAUUGAUAAGUGCACCGAUGUACAGUGUGGCCCUAGAUCCGCCUGUCAAGAAGGAGUCUGUAUCUGUCCACCAGGAUACAUUGGAAAUCCCAACGAUUUGAGUAAAGGUUGUCAUCCUCGAGGACAUUGUUCAAACGAUCUAGACUGCGAAACUCAACAGAUUUGCUUCCAAGUAGGCAAGGGCGUGAGAAAGUGUGUAGAUGCUUGCAGUAAACUCCAGUGCGGACCCAACGCACUUUGUGUGACGCAGAAUCACGCAUCCUCCUGUCUUUGCGUUGAAGGAUACUUUGGUAACCCUAGUGACCUGAGGGAUGGCUGUCAACCGAAAAAGUCUGUUAUUCCUUCCUCCUGCAGCAGCAAUGCCGACUGUAGAUCGGGAAGCUUCUGUAUUCUUGGCGAUUCUGGAAUUCGAGAAUGUGCAGACCCUUGCAGCAAUAUCGCAUGUGGUGCUAAUCAGAGAUGUGAAGCAGAUGUAACUGGACAUGGCACUUGUAAAUGCUACGAUUCAUACGAAUGGAAUCCUGUUACAUCUUCUUGUGAGAAACCAUCUGUUCCGGACUGUAUACACGACCAGGAUUGUCAUCCUAAGGCUGCAUGUCGUCCAGAUGCACUGGGAGUUCUGAAGUGUACCUCGCUUUGUGAAACUUUUACCUGCACCGUAAACUCUCAAUGCAUAGCUGAUAAUCAUCAGGCUCAUUGUGAAUGUUUGCCAAGCUUCACUGGCAAUCCGAAUGAUCGGUAUGGCUGCCAGAGUACUCGUAAGGAUCAAUGCACGACUGAUACAGACUGUCUUGAAGAUCAUACUUGUAGAUCGUCUCCAGAAGGCGUUUUAACCUGUCAACCCGUUUGUAAUUUUGUCUCUUGCGGUCCUAACGCGCUCUGUGUCGUGAAUAAUCACGUGGCGAAUUGCGAAUGCCCUCCUGGUCUUUACGCCGGUGAUCCAAAUGAUUCUACAAACGGUUGUAAGGCAGUUCCCUGUGUUUAUAAUAUCGACUGUCCUCCAACUCAACUUUGCAAUAGACUUGAACACAAGUGUUAUGACGUUUGCGAUAAGAGCGCUUGCGGGGAAAACGCGGUUUGUAUUGCUGAUGAUCAUAAGGCCAUCUGCCAAUGUCCUCCGGGUUUCAAAGCUAAUCCCUUGCCAGAUGUAGAGUGCGUUGCUGUUGCAGCUUGCUCACCCAAUCCGUGUCAUCCAUCGGCAAUUUGUAUCGCUGGUGCCUCAAGUAAUCCAGUUUGUCAAUGUCCAACUAAUCACGUCGGGGAUCCAUACGGUUCGGGUUGUCAAGAAGAAGGUGAAUGUAGUAGUAAUAAAAAUUGCCCGGUCAAUUCUGUCUGUCAAAAUCAUCGUUGCAUUAAUCCAUGCGAGAACGCCUGCGGUCCAAACACUUUGUGUGAGAUCAUCAACGGAGAACCGAUCUGCAGGUGCGUUCACAAAUUUGAACCUUCGACUAAAGGAGUGCAAGACGGUUGUGUCAGAGCCUUCAACUAUUGUUCGAUAGAUGCAGAAUGCGAAAAUGGGAUCUGCCUUGACGGACAGUGUAGAGCUGUAUGUCGUUCAGCCAGCGAUUGUGCCGAUGGAGAGAAAUGCAUCAAUAACAAAUGUGCUGUCUCUUGCGUUUCGCAUAAUCAAUGUCAAAAUGAUCAAGCAUGUGUCAACAAUAUCUGCAUGUUGGGUUGUAGAAGCAGUAGAAACUGUCAAUCGGAAGAAUCUUGUAUAAACAACAAAUGUCAAGAUCCCUGCCUACGUGAAAAUGUCUGCGGUUCUAAUGCCGUUUGCAGCUGCCAAGAUCACAGAACUAUCUGCGCUUGUCCGGAAGGAUUCCAAGGAAAUCCUACACCUCAGCAGGGUUGUGUUAGAAUACCAAGCCCAUGCGGUCCUGUAGGGAGCUGUCCAAAUCAACACGUCUGCAUUUCCAACCUAUGUCAAUGCCAAUGUAAAGAACAAAGUAAUUGUGCACAAGGAGAGCGCUGUAAAAAUGGAUUAUGCGCAAAAAUAUGCUAUGGAGACAGUAAUUGCUUGCCUGGUGAGUUGUGCAUUGAAGGAAACUGUGAAGUGGGUUGCACUUCCGAUUCUGGAUGUAGCGAAGGCCAAAUCUGCAUUAAUCACAAGUGCAGAUGUGGCCAAGGUUUCAUCGCUGGUCCUGAAAAGUGCCUCGAUAUCAACGAAUGUGAAGAACAUCCUUGCCAUCCUACCGCUGAAUGUGUUAAUACUCCAGGAUCAUACCGCUGUUUAUGUCAACCAGGAACAGCUGGCGAUCCAGUCGUCUCAGGGUGCUUGAUACCGCAUCGUUGUGUUGCAGAUAAUAACUGCCCGGAUUCUCUGUCCUGUGUGCAGAAUAAUUGCACUGAUCCAUGCUCACGUGUGGAUUGUGGAGUGAACACAAUUUGUUCUGUCAUUGAUCACGCAGCUGCUUGUCAGUGUCAACCUGGUUACAUUGGAGAUGCAUCUGGAUGUUUUAAAGUCGAAUGUCUAUCGAAUAACGAUUGUCCUAUUGAUAAAUACUGCAACCAAGAUGUGAACAAAUGCACAAGUCCUUGCAAUCAACUCAACUGCGGAUAUGGUAACUGCGUUGCUAUUGACCAUGUUGGCACAUGCAAAUGCUAUCCUGGAUUUACACUUGCUGGUGAUACCUGUCUGGAUGUGGAUGAAUGCUUGCAGAAUCCUUGUCAUGCAACAGCAAUUUGCCAAAAUAUAGAAGGAUCAUUUACGUGCACCUGUCCGCAAGGUUUAGUUGGUGAUCCGUUAAAGAAUGGUUGCAAGCAACCUGGGGACUGUUUUACUGACACAGAUUGUCCAAAUUCUGCAGCUUGUAUAGACAAUACUUGUCGUGACCCAUGCAGCAGACCUUCUGUCUGUGGACGCAAGGCCCAAUGCUUGGCUAAAGACCACAUACCACAUUGUAGAUGUCCUGGACAAACAACGGGAGACCCACAGGUGGAAUGUAUUCACCUGGAAUGUAACUACCAUAGCGAUUGUGGUCCAUCGAGAUCUUGCUUUGAUCACAAAUGUGUGGAUCCUUGUUCCGUGCCAAACGUCUGCGGUCCACGCGCAGAUUGUUCUCCACUUAACCACAGUGCAGUUUGUGCUUGUCAGCCUGGACACACCGGAGAUCCAAAUCUUGGCUGCACUCCAGUUCAAUAUUGUAAAGGUGAUCAUCAAUGUUCUGCUGGUUCAUCUUGUAACGGGGGAAUCUGCACUUCCCUUUGUACCAAUACACGGGACUGCAUUGGAGACCAAUUAUGCAUCAAUGGUCUAUGUCAACCGACCUGCAGAAAUAAUUCUACCUGUCCCGAUUACCAGUUUUGCUUGAACAACAUUUGCGUCCAAGAAUUACGCUGUCUUUCUGACAAUGACUGUGCUUACUUUGAGAAGUGUGUUAAGAACAAUAUUGGACAAGCUGAAUGUCAAAGAGUAUGUAACGUUGCUUUCUGCGGCCGUAAUGCGCUCUGCGACGCAGAAGAUCACAGAGCUCAAUGUUCUUGCGAACCCGGAUUCUUUGGAGAUCCAAAUGACGAUAAGAUUGGAUGUCAACCAGUUGAAUGUGAAACUAGUGAACAGUGUUCAGAAGAAAAAAUCUGUGACGAACACAAAUGCAGAAUUGCUUGUCUCGCUCACAAUCCUUGUGGAGUCAAUGCUCUUUGUACAACCGAACGACACGUGCAGAUAUGUUCUUGUCAACCUGGCUACACUGGCGAUCCCAAAAUUGAAUGCAAACUUAUCGACUUCUGUGCUAAUAUACCUUGUGCACCUGGAGCAGUUUGUGAAAACUCUAGAGGAUCGUUCAAGUGUUACUGUAAAGAAGGAAGGGUGGGAGAUCCUUAUAACGGCGGUUGCAAACAACCUGUCGAAUGCCUGGACAAUGAAGAUUGUCCAGAAACAGCUAACUGCAUUAAUGUCAACAAUGUUCCAAAGUGUCAUGAUGUAUGUGCUCGUAUCCAAUGCGGUCCAAACGCAGAAUGUACUGCUUCCCACCAUACCGGUUCCUGCCAUUGUCAACCAGGUUACGAAGGACAGGCUAACGAAUUAAGUAUCGGUUGUCGACCAACACCAGUUUCCUGCACAUCGUCUACAGAAUGCAGUUUGAAUACAUAUUGUUACGAAAGCCUUUGUCGACCCUCAUGCCAAUCGGACGGAGAAUGUAACUUAUCAGAUGUCUGUCUAAAUGGUCAAUGUCUGGAUCCAUGUAAUAUCAGAUCAUCCUGUGGUAUUAACGCUGAAUGCAGGGUUCGAAGUCACCUAAAGCAUUGCAGUUGUCCUCCAGGUUUUACUGGAAAUUCAGAAGUAGAGUGUGUGAGACUGCCAGUCUCAUGCAGAGAGACAAACGAGUGCAAUGUAGGGAAUACUUGCCGAGACAACGUCUGUUUACCAGUGUGUCAAGUAGACAACGAAUGUGCCUUUAACGAAAAAUGUGUCGGAGGCAACUGUUUGCUAACAUGCAGAUUAGACAAUGAUUGCUUCCUCGGUCACAUUUGUUUGCACAACAUGUGUACUUUCGGUUGCCGAGCUGAUGAAGACUGCAAUGCAAAUGAGGCCUGUCUCGGAAACAAAUGUGCAAAUCCUUGCGAAGUCACUCCAUGUGGUCCAAACUCUAAAUGCACUGUUAUUAACCAGCGGGCUUCCUGCUCUUGUCCACCAGAUUUCAUACCUAACCCUACAGCUAAAGUCGCAUGCUUACGCUCUCCAGGUCCAUCGUGUACAGCAAAUAGAGAUUGCCUGCAAGGAACAACUUGCAUGUCCGGAAUAUGCACUCCAGUGUGUUCAUCAAAUGUUAACUGUCUGAGCAAUGAGCGUUGUGAUUCAUUGGGAGUUUGUAGAUCGCUGUGCAGGAGAGACGAAGAUUGCCAGAGUGGAGAGAUUUGCGAAGGAUUGGUGUGUUUGAGUGGAUGUCGAGCCGAUGUAGAGUGUCAAGAGAAUUUAGCUUGCAUAAACAACCAGUGCAUAGACCCAUGCAGUUUGCCAAGUGCCUGUGGUAUUAAUGCUCAAUGUUCGGUUGUUAAUCACUGGAAACAAUGCAGCUGUCCCGAUCCAUUAAUAGGGGACCCCCUCAUAAACUGCAGACAAUCAUUCCUUCCUUGUUCAUCAGCUUCCGAAUGUUUGCCUGGACAAACUUGCUAUGGUAGAUCGUGUUACUCCACAUGUCGUAGUGAUGCAAACUGUUUGAACGAUGAACGAUGUGAUGGUGGAUUGUGUAAGGGAAUAUGUAAUACCGAUGAUCAAUGUUCAGCGAAUCAAAUCUGUGAGAAUCGUUUGUGUGACAUUGGAUGUCGCAGUGACAACACCUGUCCCUCUGAUGAAUCUUGCUUGAACAACAGAUGCAAAAAUCCAUGUGAGGGUGGUAAAGCUUGUGGAGAAUGUGCUGGCUGCCGCGUGGUAAAUCACGUGGCCCAAUGUAGCUGCCCUCCAAAUUAUUAUGGAAAUGCACUAAUCAGUUGUACCAAAUCAAUGAUUCCUUGUGAUGGUACCUGUGAAUGCGAUGAAACAGGAUUUUGCGUCAAGAGCUGUCGAUCUCAGGACCAAUGCUCCUGUGGUGAAGUUUGCCAUACCGGAAAGUGUAGAACAAAGUGUGACAAUAACAACGAAUGUUCAAAGGGCUACAUGUGUGAUCAAGGAUUAUGUCUCUUUGGAUGUCGAACUCAUUCUGACUGUCCAGAUUUGUUGUCCUGUAUCAACGGUCAGUGUGCAGAUCCCUGCUUGUCAGGAUCAAAACCAUGUGGAAUCAAUGCACUGUGUAGAGUUUCCAAUCAUCGAGCAGUUUGUUUGUGUCCGGAAGGUUACCAAGGGGAACCAAGUCGAGAAUGUUAUCAGCUGGAAUGCCAUCGUCACGAAGAUUGCGAUCCGAACAAGCACUGCAGCGAGUAUGGUGUUUGCACAAAUCCAUGUUUGGAGCAUGGCAUAUGUGGUGUUAAUGCUCAGUGUCGUGUGGCAAACAGACAACCACAGUGUUCUUGUCCACCAGGACACAUCGGCAAUCCUAAAGUAUUAUGUAAACAAGGCAAUGAGGAAUGUCUUCGUAAUCCCUGUGGACCCAACGCAGAGUGCCGAGAAUUAUCUUCUGGUCACGAGUGUACAUGCAAAUCAGGCUGUUAUGGAGAUCCGUACCAUGGUUGUCAAUGUGACGGUAAUUAUAUGAUUAUUAUAAAUAACACGUAAACUAAGAACGUUCAGUGAGCAUUUACAAAUUGUAAUUCCAAACUGCAAUCGUGGAACAAAAUUUAUACCAUUUUUCAUUAAAAAUUUUCAGUUAUACGUCCAGACUGUCGUACAGUGGGAUGCGGCAAAAAUGCAGAAUGUAUCCGAGAUGGUUCGGAAUUCGUUUGUCGAUGUGCUCUAGGUACGACUGGUUUUCCGGAUGUCGAAUGUGCAACAGAACAAGAAUGCACCAGUGACCUAGAAUGUCCUAACGACAAAGCCUGCAUAAAUCUACAAUGUCUGGAUCCGUGUACUCUUCGCGGUGCCUGUGGCAUCGACGCACUAUGCCGAGUGGUUGUGCACAAGCCACGCUGCUCCUGUCCUCAGUGUUAUAUCGGUAUUCCCCGUGCUGUGUGCCGGCCAGAUCCGAAAUGUGACAUUACGAGUCAACCUCGACCCCCGACUUCGAACAGCGAUUGCUCCUCAGAUAAAGAGUGUCCGGAAAGUCUUUCCUGUCAUGCUCAAACGAGAGAGUGUCGUGAUCCGUGCUCGAGUUCCCAGCCUAGAUGCGAAGUUAACAAAAAAUGUCAAGUGCGGAACCAUAGGCCAGUCUGCGUCUGUAAACACGGAUUCGUUGUUAACGAAAUGGGAGAGCUGACAUGUGCUCCGGACACCGUGGCUUGCUCGAGAGAUUCCGACUGUCCUUCGAACGCUGCUUGUCUUAAUGGAAAAUGUCAAAAUCCUUGUAACAUGAGAAAGAAACCACCAUGUCCAGCCGAUAAAGCCUGCGAAGUUCUAGACCAUCGUCCUAUAUGCAUUUGCCUCAAAAACUGCAAUCCUUCCCUUUCCAUUUGCCUGCGAGACAAUGGCUGCUCUUCAGACCUGGCGUGUCGCAACUAUCGCUGCGUGGAUCCGUGCAACAACUCCACAUGUCCGGCUGAUGUUCCCUGUUACGUCGAGGAACACAAACCUAUCUGCAAGUUCUGUCCCCCCGGCUUUGUGCCAGAUACUAAGUACGGAUGCAUGAAAGAUGUGACAUGUGCAUCACAUACCGACUGUCCAUCACAGUUGGCUUGCAUAAAUCAGCAGUGUUUGAACCCGUGUAGUAUUCAGAAUCCUUGCCAAAAUAUCCAAGAGUGCAGCGUUGAAGACCAUAGACCAUUCUGUAUUGCAGGACCAAAGAACGUUUGUCCACUCUGUGAAGAAGGAGAGCAAUGUGACCCAGUUACCAAUCAAUGUGUAAGAGUGGGUUGCACUAGCAACAGGGAUUGUCCUCUGACAGAAACCUGCGUUGGGCAAGUUUGCCAGGAACCAUGUCGUAUUCGAAAUCCGUGUGUUCAACAUGCUGUUUGCAUCAACACAAAUCAUGGAACUGACUGCAGUUGUGAAGAAGGUUACCACGGAAAUGGAUUUUCAGCUUGCGCUUUAGUCGACGAUGAUAGGAAUGUUUGUCAGUACAACGAAGACUGUCCUCCAUACAAGUACUGUGACCGACUCAACAGACGCUGUAUCAAUCCCUGUUCGGAGGAUAUGUGCGGAGAUAAUGCCGAAUGUUACCCAGAGAAUCACAAUGCUAAAUGCAGAUGUCCAGCUGGAUUCGAUGGAAAUCCUCAAAUUGGUUGCCAUCGCGGAUCUCAAGAUCCUUGUUUGCCUAACCCAUGUGGUGUUAAUGCGGCUUGUGAAAAUGAUAAUGGCAAUCCUAUUUGCUUCUGUCCGAAAGGACUUACCGGAAAUCCGUUUGAACAAUGCAUUCCAGAAGGUGAUCAGUGCCAAGACAAUCCCUGUGGUUCCAGCUCUGGCUGUCGAGUAAUAAAUGGUCAAGUGAAAUGUUUCUGUUUGCCAGGCUUCGAAGGAGAACCACCAGCUACUCCUUGUGUGCCUUACAGUAAUCCUUGCGACUCAUCUCCUUGCGGCCAGAAUACCCAAUGUUCAGUCCUGCCUAACGGAAUUUAUAAAUGCACUUGUUUGCCAGGUUUUAUUGAAAGUCCCAACACAAUCAGAGGAUGUAUACAGCAAGUUAAUCCUUGCGAGCCUAACACUUGCGGGCAUAAUGCUCAAUGUGAUCCUAGGCGUGUUCCUCCUUGCUACUGUCCGGAAUACACGUCUGGAAACCCUUAUAAGAGCUGCACAGAAACAGUUGUUAGACCUUUAUGCCAACCGGGUCCAUGUGGCGCCAACGCAGAUUGCUACAUCGCUGACAACCAAGAGCAAUGCUAUUGUCAGUACGGAUUUUACGGAGACCCAUAUCAAGGUUGCCACCCACCACCUUCUAGUGCCUGUCAACCAAGUCCCUGUGGACCAAAUACUGCAUGCAAAGUAACAAUAGAAAACCGAGCACUCUGCGAAUGUUUACCAGGAACAACUGGAGAUCCAACAAGUUCUUCAGGAUGUGACAGACAUGAAUGUAAUCAAGACACUGAUUGUGAUGUUAAACAGGCUUGUAUUGGUUAUCGAUGUCAAAACCCAUGCAUGGGAGGUUGUGGUAUCAACGCAGAGUGUCAAGUAGAAGUGCAUCAUCCGGUGUGCCGCUGUAAAGAAGAAUUUAUUGGAAAUCCAUUAAUCAGGUGUUCUCCUCGUAUGGAUAUCCCAUCAAAUCCUUGUGAACCCAAUCCAUGCGGUCUAAACACACUUUGCCAAGUUUUAAACAGCCGUGCAGUUUGUUCUUGCCUGCCUGAUUUCUUAGGAGAUCCUCAGUCUGGAUGUCAACCAGAAUGUACUAUCAAUUCUGACUGUUCCAAUGACAUGGCCUGCAUUAAUAUGAAGUGUGUAAACCCUUGUACACUUGGAAACUUAUGUGGUGCCAAUGCAGAAUGCAUAUGCUCUUACCAUACACCUACUUGUACUUGCAAACAGCACUACUUCGGUAAUGCUUUCAUUCGAUGCUACCCAGAGCCUACAAUCACAGUCGAAAAUCAGCGUAAUUUCACGUUGCCUUGUUCACCAUCUCCAUGCGGACAACAUAAUGUAUGUGAUCCCUACACAAAUCAAGUGGCAAUGUGCGGAGGUUGUGCUGCCCCAGAAAAUCAAGACAGUAUUUUUUGCAAACCAGAAUGUUUAAGCGACAGCGAUUGUUCUUUAGAUAGAGCUUGCGUAGGGUGGAGGUGUUCGGAUCCAUGCUUGGGAUCCUGCGGUGUUAAUGCAGACUGUGAGGUUAUCUAUCACUCACCUGUGUGCAGUUGCCCCACGGGCUUAUUUGGAAAUCCAUAUCAAAGUUGCUCACCCACGCCAAUAGUAGCCCCAGAUUCCUGCAGUUUAACACAAUGUGGAGCAAAUGCAUAUUGUGAAGAAAGGCAGGGCGUAACUUUGUGCAAAUGUUUGCCCAACUUCGAUGGGAAUCCACUGAUAGCUUGUCACUUGGAAUGUGUUCAAAAUUCUGAUUGCGAAUUGACCCGUGCUUGUUCCAACCAUAAAUGUGUUGAUCCUUGCAGAGGAGCCUGCGGAAAUGGAGCAACUUGCGACGUCAUCAAUCAUGCCCCUGUUUGUUAUUGUGAGAACGGAUUAACAGGAGAUCCGUUCGUCUAUUGCUCCGAACCUAGAGAAAACCCAGUCACUGUAUUACCUUGCAAUCCAUCGCCUUGUGGACCCAAUAGUAGAUGCAUAGUUUCCCCGCAAGGAUAUUCCACCUGCUCAUGUAUACCAGGGUUUAGAGGAACUCCGCCUCUCUGCUCGCCGGAGUGCAUUGUGUCUUCGGACUGUUUACAAAUACAAGCUUGUAUAAAUAACAAGUGCGUCAAUCCCUGCAAAGGAAGGUGUGGACAUGGUGCACUUUGUUCUGUGAUUAAUCACAAUCCAGUAUGCAGUUGCCCCGGAGGUCAGGAUGGUGAUCCUUUUGUUUCGUGCUUCAAACCUCCUGAAUACUUACCACCAUCCCCAUGCAACCCAACUCCAUGUGGACCUAAUUCGGUGUGUCAACUAAAAAUGAGCAGACCUGUUUGCUCUUGUGAAAGCAAUUUCAUAGGAAGCCCACCAAACUGCAGACCUGAAUGUCUCAUCAACCAGGAAUGUCCCAUUGACCAAGUUUGCGAUUCGAAUAAGUGUGUGAAUCCUUGCCCCAGCAGUUGUGGUCCAAAUUCGGAAUGCACAGUUAUUAAUCACACUCCGCAAUGUUAUUGCAAGUACGGCUACGAAGGAGAUGCUUUUAUAGGGUGUACUGCAAUAUCAGUGAGACCUGUAACACUAGAUCUUUGUGAUCCAUCACCUUGCGGAAACAAUGCCCUCUGUACAGUUCACGAUGGUGCAGCCAGAUGUACUUGUAUACCACCCUACAUUGGAAAUGCGUACAUCGGAUGCAAACCAGAGUGUCUAGUUAAUUCUGACUGUUCCAGCGACUUAUCGUGCUUGAAUCAACAUUGCCGAAAUCCUUGUCUUGGCGUUUGCGGAAACAACGCGCAGUGUGAAGUCAUAAAUCACAUUCCAAUUUGUUCCUGCUUACAAGGCUAUAUUGGAGAUCCAUUCCAAGCCUGCAAAAUAGAUAUAGUUGGACCAAAGGAAAAUCCAUGCUCGCCAUCUCUUUGUGGACCAUACAGUGUUUGUCGGGUAGUGAAUGAUAGAGCAGUGUGUUCUUGCAGUCCUGGUUUCUAUGGUGUACCUCCGAUGUGUCGGCCAGAAUGUGUCGUUAACUCGGAGUGUCCUCAGCAUUUGGCUUGUAUUGACCAAAAGUGCAGCGAUCCUUGCCCAGGUUCCUGUGGGUUGAAUGCCUACUGUCAUGUUAGCAACCACAAUCCACUCUGCAGCUGUCCUCCGGGAUACACCGGAUAUCCACUUGUGGAAUGUACCGAAGAUGUUGCAAAGGGUGUAAGUUCCACACCAUGCUUGCCUUCACCCUGUGGACCCAAUGCUGAAUGUCGUGUUAAUGAAAAUCGAGCAGUAUGUUCAUGUAUGGUGGGAAUGUUUGGCGCGCCACCAAAUUGCAGACCAGAGUGCAUCAUUAAUCAAGAUUGCCCAAAUCAUCUUGCUUGUCUUCAAUCCAAGUGCUCGGAUCCAUGCAUAGGCUCAUGUGGUUACAACGCUAAGUGCAGCGCUCAGAAUCAUCGUCCAGUCUGUGAAUGCUAUGAAGGAUACGAAGGAGACGCUCUCUUCGGAUGCAAUCUCAAAGUAACACCUGUAUUUGAACCUCCAAGCACCCCCUGUAGUCCUUCACCCUGCGGUUCAAACGCCAAUUGUAAUGAACGCAAUGGUGCUGCUUCUUGCACUUGUCUAUCCGAUUACAUAGGAGAUCCUUACAAAGGUUGUAAACCAGAAUGCGUACAGAACACCGACUGUCCUCACAAUCUAGCUUGCAUUGUAAACAAAUGUAAGGAUCCCUGCACAGGAGUAUGCGGAUUAAAUGCGCAAUGUCAAGUUUUCAAUCAUCAACCAACUUGUACAUGUUUGUCUGGAUAUACGGGAAAUCCUCAAAUUUCUUGUUACCUGCCACCUCCUGGUCCUCCGCCACAAACAAAUCCAUGCCAACCUUCACCUUGCGGUGACUACAGUAAAUGCCAAGUAAUUGAUGGUCAUCCAGUUUGUUCUUGCCAACAAAAUUACAUUGGUACACCACCAAACUGUAGACCGGAAUGUUUAGUCAGCACAGACUGUGGAAACAACAAAGCUUGUAUUAACCAACGUUGUCAAGAUCCCUGCGUUGGCACAUGUGGUCUGAAUACAGACUGCCAGGUUAUUAAUCACAGCCCUGUAUGUUCAUGUAUAAAUGGAUAUUCCGGAGAUCCAUUUUAUGGAUGCGCAAGAGAAGAACCAAAAACUACACCACCGAUUGAACCGAUUAGUAAUCCUUGCGUCCCUUCGCCAUGUGGGCAAUACUCGCAAUGUCGGGAUAUCAAUGGAUUUCCGGCUUGUUCCUGCUUGCCAAAUUAUAUUGGAAAAGCUCCAAACUGCCGACCUGAAUGUCUGAUCAACGAGGAAUGUCCUGGAAAUUUAGCUUGUCAGAACGAGCAAUGCACAAAUCCUUGUCCAGGAUCUUGCGGUGUAAACACCUUCUGCAAUGUCAUAAAGCAUAAUCCUAUCUGUUCUUGCAAUCCAGGAUAUACCGGAAAUCCAUUUGCUGAAUGUACACCUAUCAUAGAAGCACCCAGUACAACUCAACAACCUCAAACACCUUGCAUCCCAUCUCCUUGUGGUGCCAAUGCAAUUUGUAAUGAACGUAACGGUGCCGGAUCUUGUACCUGCAUGCCUGAAUAUUUCGGAGAUCCUUACAUAGGCUGUAGGCCAGAGUGUGUCACCAAUUCUGAAUGUGAUCGCAGCAAAGCGUGUGUGAAUAAUAAGUGCAUAAACCCAUGCAUUGGAGCAUGUGGAGAAAAUGCUUUUUGCCGCGUUACCAACCAUGCACCCACCUGCACAUGUCUUCCAGGUUACACUGGCAAUGCAUUGAACGCGUGUAUAUUGAAGGAAAUAGUUACUCCAGGACCACCAACAGAUCCAUGUGAAGCUUUACCUUGUGGACCGUACAGCAAUUGCAGAACACUCAACGGUCAUGCAGUGUGCUCAUGUCAACCUGGGUACAUCGGAGCACCACCUGCUUGUCGUCCUGAAUGCACUGGUAGUUCAGAAUGUUCACAAAACAAAGCAUGUAUCAAUUACAAGUGUGGUGAUCCAUGCCCGGGAUCUUGCGGAGAGAAUACCAAGUGUCAAGUCAUUAACCAUAAUCCAACAUGUAGUUGUGCCAACGGAUAUACAGGGGAUCCUCUCGUUACUUGUACAAAAGAGGAAGUAGUUGGACCAAAUGGUCCAAUUAGUCGGGAAAAUCCAUGUACACCUGACAUCUGCGGUCCAAACUCUCAGUGCCGAGAAAUAAAUGGACAACCUGCAUGUUCCUGCCUAGCUAAUUUUGUUGGCAGGCCUCCGAAUUGCAGACCAGAAUGCACUGAUAACUCUGAAUGUCCCACAACAUAUGCAUGUAUUAAUCAGAAGUGUAAGAAUCCUUGUCCUGGUGCUUGCGGAGAGAUGGCUAGGUGCUCAGUUCAAAAUCAUUUACCUCUCUGUACUUGUCCUGAGGGUUAUGAAGGUGAUGCAUCGAUCCGCUGCGAAAUUGGAUUGCCCCCAUCUACUGAACGUCCAAAUCCUUGUUUGCCUAAUCCCUGCGGACCAAAUGCGCUUUGUCGCGAAAAAAGCAGAGCUGGUGCUUGUGUCUGCCCACCAGAAUUUAUUGGUGAUGCUUAUGAUCUUCAGAGAGGCUGUCAUAGAGAAUGUGAAGUGAAUAACGAUUGUUCGAGCAACUUGGCUUGCGUUGGAUUUAAAUGUAUCGAUCCCUGUCCUGGUACAUGUGGUACUUUGUCAUUCUGCAACGUUCAGGAUCAUAUUCCUAAGUGCUCAUGCCCACCUGGUUACACUGGAGAUCCAAACUUUGCUUGCGAACAGGAAAGAAUAUUAAUUCCAAGGAAUCCUUGCUCACCGUCACCGUGUGGACCGAACAGUAAAUGCAGAGAAGUUAAUGAACAGCCAGUUUGCACCUGCUUACCGGAUCACAUUGGAUCACCGCCAUCGUGCAGACCUGAGUGUCUGGUUAAUGCCGAGUGCCCAGUUAACUUUGCUUGCAUUAAUAGAAAAUGCGCUGAUCCUUGCCCCAACACUUGUGGUUUAAGAGCAAUAUGUGCUACCAAAAAUCACAUUCCAAUUUGUACAUGUCCUUCCGGAUUCACAGGAGAUCCUUUCAAAAUAUGCUUCCCUCAAGAAGAGAUUGCAAUCACAGAAAGACCUCCAUCUUGUACUCCAUCUCCCUGUGGUCCCAACUCGCAGUGUCAAGUCAUUUCUGGAAGUCCUGCUUGCUCCUGUCUUCCGAACUACAUUGGUGUUCCUCCAAACUGCCGCCCUGAGUGUGUCUUAAGCUCGGAAUGCCCGAGUCAAUUAGCUUGCAUCAAUGAAAGGUGUCAAGAUCCAUGCUCCGGAUCUUGCGGUGUCAAUGCGCAAUGUCAUGUAUUAAAUCACAUUCCUGUUUGCACAUGUAUGGAGAGCUACAUAGGAGAUCCAUUCAAGUUCUGCUCACCUAUUCCACCUAGUACACCAAGGACCAUAAUGGAGAUCGACCCUUGCAAUCCAUCACCGUGUGGACCUAAUGCUAUUUGCCGUAACGGUGAAUGCACAUGCGAGCCCGAGUAUUCCGGAAAUCCAUACGAGGCUUGUCGUCCAGAAUGCAUUCUUAAUUCAGAGUGUCCUCGCGAUAAAGCAUGCAUGAGGUUCAAGUGCAAGGAUCCUUGCCCUGGUAUUUGUGGGCAGCUUGCUCGAUGUGAUAUAGUCAAUCAUAUUCCGGUAUGUUCGUGUACUGAUGGAUAUACUGGGGACCCAUUUGUGAGCUGCCGUUUGAAACCAAAAGAUGCAUUGGUAACUAACCCAUGCACACCUUCGCCUUGUGGACCUAACAGUGAGUGUCGGAAUAUUGCUAAUAAUCCGGUAUGCUCUUGCCUCCAAGGUUAUCUAGGAACACCACCAUCCUGCAGACCUGAGUGUGUAGUCAGUCCAGAAUGUCCACCAACGAGAGCUUGCAUAAAUAAAAAAUGCACGGAUCCAUGCUUAGGUGCUUGCGGUUUAAAUGCUCGUUGUGAAGUCAUUAAUCAUUCCCCAAUAUGUAGCUGCCUCCCUGGUCAAUCAGGUGAUCCUUUUAGAAGCUGUUACGAAAUUGAAAUGCAACUGGAACCUAAGACAGAUCCCUGUAAUCCAUCGCCUUGUGGUCCAAACGCUAACUGUCGAAAUAUAAACAAUAAUUAUGAAUGUUCUUGCUUACCACCGUACAUCGGAUCACCACCGUCAUGUAGACCUGAAUGUGUGAUAAACCCAGAUUGUCAAUCGGACAAGUCUUGCAUUAAUUCUAAAUGUCGAGACCCAUGUCCUGGAUCCUGCGGAGAAAAUGCAGAGUGCAGAGUUAUAAAUCAUGCAGUUAGUUGCUCAUGUUCACCCGGAUACACGGGAAAUCCGUUUGUCCAAUGCAUUCGUCAAAUCAUAGAGUAUAUCAAUCCCUGUGAGCCCUCGCCGUGUGGAGCUAACGCUAUUUGUCAACGGCGAGAUAAUGUAGGCGCAUGUAUCUGCAUUCAGGAUUACCAUGGUAAUCCGUACGAAGGUUGUCAACCAGAGUGUAUUCUCAGUUCCGAUUGUCCAACAAACAAAGCUUGUAUUCGGAAUAAAUGUGAAGAUCCCUGCUUAGGAAUUUGUGGAACAGAUGCUUUGUGUUCAGUUGUAAAUCACAUUCCCACCUGCACUUGUUUCCCUGGUUUCGUCGGCGAUCCAUUCAACACCUGCACUCGCCAAAGAGAAAUUCCUCCUGAAGUAACGCCAUGUGCUCCAUCACCAUGUGGACCCAACAGUAUCUGUCGCGCAAUUAAUGGUCAAGCUGUAUGCUCAUGCGAAGAUUCCUACAUAGGCUUACCUCCAAAUUGUAGACCAGAAUGUGUUGUAAACUCAGAGUGUCCUCAGAAUCGAGCAUGCUACAAAUAUAAAUGCACAGAUCCUUGUCCAGGAACUUGUGGUAUGGGAGCACAAUGCAGAGUUACCAGUCACAGUCCAUUUUGUAGUUGUCCUGCGGAUAUGACAGGAGAUCCAUUCAUAAGAUGUUAUCCCGAUAUUCGUGAAAAACAGCCUCCACUGAAUAUUGCGAAAAAUCCUUGUGUGCCCAACCCUUGUGGCCUGUACGGAGAAUGUAGAGAAAUCGGAGAACAGCCAGUAUGCUCCUGCUCGCGAGAUUACAUUGGAUCGCCUCCCAAUUGUCGCCCUGAGUGUUCAGUCAACACAGAUUGUCCAUCGAUCCAAGCGUGCAUUUCUGAAAAAUGCAGGGAUCCCUGCAUUGGAUCUUGUGGUCAGAAUGCUGACUGUCGUGUGCAGAACCACAUUCCAACGUGUCUUUGCCAACCAGAUUACACGGGAGAUCCUUUCAGUCUCUGCUCGCCACUUAUAAAAGAAAUUCCUCCAAGUCAUGAUCCAUGCAAUCCAUCUCCGUGUGGUGCUAAUGCUCUCUGUGAUAAUGGAGCCUGCACUUGUUUCCCUAACUACUUUGGUGAUCCAUACUCCAACUGCAGACCAGAAUGUACGUUAAAUACAGACUGUCCUCGAACAAAAUCGUGUAUCAAUCAACGGUGCAUAGAUCCGUGCCCGGGUACUUGCGGAACUGGUGCCCAAUGCGACGUUAUCAAUCACAUUCCUACCUGUAGCUGCUCAUCAGGCACGACUGGAAAUCCGUUCACUGGUUGCCGUAAAGUUAUUCAACCUGUUUUCACGAAUCCGUGUAUGCCAUCGCCAUGUGGACCUAACAGCAACUGUAUAGUUGUCAGCGACCAUCCAGUCUGUUCGUGUCAAACGAACUUUGUCGGCAGUCCGCCAAGUUGUAAGCCGGAAUGUGUCGUCAGCGCUGAAUGUCCACUAACUCAAGCAUGUUUAGGAAACAAAUGUCAGAAUCCAUGCCCGGGUACCUGCGGUCAAAAUGCUAAGUGUAUGACGGUCAAUCACAAUCCUAUAUGUACAUGUGCUGAUGGUUAUACUGGCGAUCCCUUCAUUAGAUGCUAUCCAAAUGAAGAUGUUCGUGGACCUGCAGACGAACCAUGCAAACCAUCACCUUGUGGACCCAACGCAGAAUGUCAUGUCCGUGGAGAGACAUCUGCAUGCUCCUGUUUGCCAAAUUACAUUGGACUUCCACCAAACUGCAGACCCGAGUGCACUAUCAAUCCUGAGUGUCCGGCACAUCUUGCCUGCAUCCAGCAAAAGUGUAGUGAUCCUUGUACCGGUCGUUGCGGAAUCAACGCUCAGUGCUUUGUCAUCAAUCACAACGCGGCAUGUACGUGUCUAGAAGGCUUCAACGGUGAUCCCUACAGCAGUUGCCAACCUUCCAGAAAGGAAACCUACCCCGUUGAGAUGUUGACCCCUUGUACGCCGUCCCCCUGCGGUCCCAAUGCCAUUUGCAAAGAGCAAAAUGGCGUGGGCUCCUGCUCAUGUGUACCUGAAUAUAUUGGAGACCCAUACGAAGGAUGUCGUCCCGAAUGCACAGUCAAUUCUGACUGCAUGUCUAACAUGGCCUGUAUCCGAUCGAAAUGCCAAAAUCCCUGUCCCGGAACAUGUGGUCAGGAUGCCCAAUGUCAAGUUGUAAACCACUUGCCCAGUUGCUCAUGCAUUCCUGGAUUUACAGGAGACCCAUAUCGUUUAUGCAUUCCCCCGCAACGGACUCCUAUAGAAAAUGAUGAUCCCUGCGUACCCUCACCAUGUGGGCCAAAUAGUCAAUGCCGAGUUGUAAAUAAUCAGUCAGUGUGCAGUUGUAUUCCCACAUAUUUGGGAAGUCCGCCUGGAUGUCGACCCGAAUGUUCAAUCAGUUCUGAAUGUCCUACAAAUAGGGCAUGUAUUAACCAAAAAUGUGUAGACCCAUGUGUUGGUCUUUGUGGUCAAAACACAAUUUGCAGAGUCGUAAAUCACAGUCCCAUUUGUGCCUGUAAACCGGAUUGCACAGGAGACCCCUUCACCAGAUGUUUCCCUAUACCAAAGCCUGUGAAAGACCCAACACAAGUACAAAACUCUUGUAUACCCUCUCCAUGUGGAUUAAAUGCUGAAUGUCGUAAUAAUGGAGGCAUGCCUUCAUGUUCUUGUUUGCCCAACUAUUUUGGAAGCCCACCUAAUUGCAGACCGGAAUGUACCAUAAACCCCGACUGCCCAAGCAACAAGGCCUGUAUUUUGGAAAAGUGCAGAGACCCAUGUGCAGGCACUUGUGGGCUUGGUGCUCUUUGCAGUGUUAAUAAUUAUACCCCAGCAUGUACAUGUCCUCCCGGUUAUACCGGAGAUCCAUUCACUAGUUGUCAACCACUACCAAAACCAAGCAACGAUAUUCCAACAGAUCGUUGCAAUCCAUCUCCUUGUGGACCAAAUUCACAAUGUAAUGAUGGCGUCUGUACAUGUUUACCUGAAUAUAAAGGAGACCCAUACACGAUGUGCCGUCCAGAAUGUGUUCUUAACACAGAUUGUGCUUUUAAUCAAGCUUGCGUUCGUAGCAAAUGUAUUGAUCCAUGUCCUGGCACAUGUGGUCAAAAUGCCCAGUGUAUGGUUUAUAAUCAUAUAACAAUGUGCACUUGUCCACCAGGAAUGUCAGGAAACGCAUUUGUCAUGUGUUUAAAACCAAGUGGACCCAUAUCAGCUAAUCCUUGCAGCCCGUCACCAUGUGGUCCUAACAGUCAGUGUAGAGUCGUGAAUGAACAACCGGUUUGUUCAUGCGUACCAGGCUUUUUAGGAAGUCCACCUACUUGUAGACCAGAGUGUACCCAUAGUUCCGACUGUUCUCAUGAUCUUGCAUGCAGUAAUCAAAAAUGUAUAAAUCCUUGUGAAGGAUCUUGCGGUAUUAGAACACAUUGCCAAGUUAUCAAACACAAUCCGAUAUGUAGCUGCCUUCCAGGAAACACCGGUGAUCCAUUUUUCCAGUGUUAUCCAAUCAUAGAAGAUCGACCUGUGGACAGAGGAUCCCCUUGUUUACCAUCACCUUGUGGUCCCAACUCGCAAUGUCAAGUAGUAAACAAUUUACCCUCGUGUUCCUGCCUACCCGAGUACUUAGGUUUGCCACCAAAUUGUAGACUCGAGUGCAUUAGUAAUAGUGAAUGUCCGAUGCAUCAAGCUUGUACAAACCGUAAAUGUACAGAUCCUUGCAGUGGGUCUUGUGGAUCGAAUACUGAGUGUCGUGUAGUGAGUCAUACUCCGAUUUGUGUUUGUAGAGCUGGUUUUAUGGGAGAUCCCUUCACACAGUGUAUCUUUGAAGAGCCUGUCGUAAUUGAAAAUCGAACAUCUUGCACACCAUCACCGUGCGGCUCUAAUGCUGUAUGUAGAGAACAAAAUGGCGCUGGAUCAUGUACUUGUUUACCAGAAUAUAUAGGAAAUCCCUAUGAAGGAUGUCGACCUGAGUGUACUGUCAAUUCUGACUGUCUAUCAAAUUUAGCUUGCAUACAAUCUAAAUGCCAAAAUCCAUGCCUCGGCGCUUGUGGACCAAAUGCUGAAUGUCAAGUUAUAAACCAUUCCCCAUCGUGCAACUGUAUUUCUGGCUAUACUGGAGAUCCUUUCCGUUAUUGCAGUCCAGCCAGAAUACCUGACCUGGCUGAUCAAAUAGAUCCAUGUAGUAGGUCCCCUUGUGGGCCGUACAGUCAAUGUAGAAAUUUAAAUGAGCAAGCUGUGUGUUCAUGUCUACCCAGCUUUAUAGGAAGCCCACCUGCAUGUCAACCCGAAUGUGUUGUGAGCACAGAAUGUUCAUUAGAUAAAUCGUGUAUUAAUCAGAAGUGUACAAAUCCAUGUCCAGCUUCUUGCGGUCUAAGUACAAACUGUAGAGUUAUUAACCACAGUCCUAUCUGUACUUGUAAAAAUGGAUACACAGGAGAUCCUUUGACUAGAUGUUUCUUGCUGCCAAAACCAAUAAAAGACCUAAUUGUACUUCAAAAUCCGUGUGUGCCUUCUCCGUGUGGAUCAUAUUCAGAAUGUCGUGACGUAAAUAAUUUGCCGGCUUGUUCGUGUGCCCCAUCAUACAUUGGGUCCCCACCUAACUGUAGACCUGAAUGUACGAUAAACUCAGACUGUCCAAGUAAUCAAGCUUGCUUAAAUGAAAAAUGUCGUGACCCAUGUCCAGGUUUAUGUGGACUUUCAGCUCGCUGUUCAGUUCUUAAUCAUGUUCCAUCCUGCACUUGCGUUGAAGGUUUUAGUGGGGAUCCUUUCGUAAACUGUUAUCCAAAACCACCACCACCAGAACCCAUCGACACGGAUCCUUGUAAUCCAUUCCCUUGUGGAGCAAACGCCUUAUGUAACGAAGGUAUUUGUAGCUGUCAGGCUGAAUAUACAGGAGAUCCCUAUAGUGGUUGCCGACCAGAAUGUGUUCUUAAUUCAGACUGCCCCCAAAACAGAGCUUGUGUAAGAAACAAAUGUAAAGAUCCAUGUUUUGGAACUUGUGGGUCUAAUGCACAAUGCAACGUGUACGACCAUGUUCCAAUGUGUAGUUGUCCACCAGGCAUGACAGGCAAUGCUUUUCUGUCCUGCUCUCCUCAAAAAGAUCAAAGACCAAUUGAUGCAUGUAAUCCAUCACCUUGUGGACCAAAUAGUAGAUGUAGACCUAUCAAUGGUCAAGCAGUAUGCACCUGUGUAUUAGGUUAUGUUGGAAGUCCUCCUUCAUGUAGACCAGAGUGUGUCGUUAGUUCAGAUUGUCCUAGAGAUAAAGCAUGCAGUAAUCAAAGAUGCAUUGAUCCUUGUGAAGGAACUUGUGGCUUGCGUGCAGAAUGUAAAGUUGUCAAUCAUAAUCCUUUCUGCAGCUGCCCUUCAGGACUCUCUGGUUCUCCGUUUACAAUAUGCGAAGCAAUAACUAUCAGACCAGUCAUAAAUACAUGUCAACCAUCUCCUUGUGGACCUAAUGCCCAAUGCAAUGUUGUGAACGAGGCACCUUCAUGUGCCUGUUUGUCAGGAUUUUUAGGUUCUCCACCCAACUGUAGACCCGAAUGUGUUAGUAAUAGCGAAUGUCCAAGUCAGCAAGCCUGCAUUAAUCAAAAGUGUAAAGAUCCUUGCUUAAGAUCAUGUGGUCCAAGCGCUGAAUGUCAAGUUGUGAGUCACUCUGUUAUGUGUAUAUGUCCCACUGGUUAUAGUGGUGAUCCAUUUAUGCAAUGCAUACUUCAACAACAAACUGCCAUCGAAAUUGUUAAUCCUUGCACACCAUCACCUUGCGGUACAAAUGCCAUUUGUAGAGAACAAGGCAAUGUCGGAUCAUGUUCAUGUUUGCCGAAUUAUUUGGGAAAUCCUUAUGAAGGAUGUCGUCCAGAAUGUACUAUCAGUUCUGACUGUCCUUCGAAUUUAGCUUGUAUUCGAUCAAAAUGUCAGAAUCCAUGCCCUGGAACUUGUGGUCAGAAUGCAGAUUGUUAUGUCACAAACCAUCUACCGCAGUGUGUCUGUCGCAUUGGAUACUCGGGAGAUCCAUUCCGUUUUUGUUCUCUUGCUUCGCCAGCUGUAAUACCUGAAGAUCCUAUAGACCCAUGCCGUCCCUCGCCUUGUGGUCCAAACAGUCUGUGUCAAAAUGUUAACGGGCAAGCUGUGUGUACAUGUCAACCCCAAUAUUCUGGAAGUCCACCUUCUUGUCGUCCAGAAUGUACAGGGAGUGCAGAAUGUCCAAUGGAUAGAGCAUGUAUAAACCAAAAAUGUGUAAAUCCAUGUCCCAGUCCGUGUGGAAGAAGUACUACUUGUAGAGUUAUAAAUCAUAGUCCCAUUUGUACAUGUCAAAACGAUUAUACUGGAGACCCAUUUGUUAGAUGUUUCCCUCUUCAAAAACCAGUAACAGCACCAACAGCACAAAAUCCAUGUAUUCCAUCCCCAUGUGGUCCAUUUUCGGAAUGUAGAGCGAUUGGAGAUGCGCCAUCUUGCUCUUGUUUACAAUCAUACAUCGGUAGUCCUCCAAACUGUAGGCCUGAGUGUAUAAUAAAUUCUGAUUGCCCUAGUAAUAGUGCUUGCAUUCGAGAAAAAUGCAGAGAUCCUUGUCCGGGAUCCUGCGGUACAUUCGCUCAGUGUUCAGUUAAUAAUCAUGUACCAAUUUGUACUUGUCCACAAGGCUAUACCGGCGAUCCAUUCACCAGCUGCGUCUUGCAACCAAUCACAUCUAUACAAGAAACAACUGUAGAUCCAUGUAGUCAAUCACCUUGUGGACCGAAUGCUAUUUGCGAUGACGGUUCUUGUACUUGCCAAGAAAACUUUUUCGGAGAUCCUUAUUCAGGCUGUCGACCGGAAUGUGUUCUGAAUACAGAUUGUCCUUCUCACAGAGCAUGCCUAAGAAACAAAUGUAUCGAUCCUUGUUCUGGCACGUGCGGUCAAAAUGCGUUAUGUAACGUCUACAAUCACAUACCCAUGUGCAGUUGUCCAGGCGGAAUGACAGGAAAUGCUUUUAUAGCAUGCUCGCCCUUGAGAGAUCUACCACCAAAGACUCAACCAUGUAACCCAUCACCUUGUGGCCCUAAUAGUCAAUGUCGGGAAAUAAACGGACAAGGAGUUUGCUCAUGUAUCUCUGGUUAUAUUGGAAGUCCUCCAACUUGCAGACCAGAAUGCAUUGUUAGCACUGAUUGUUCUCCUAUGGAAUCGUGCAUUAAUCAAAAAUGCAGUAAUCCAUGUAUUGGAUCCUGCGGCAUCUCAGCAAUUUGUCAAGUAGUAAAUCACAAUCCUAUUUGUAGUUGUUCUGAAAGAAUGACCGGCAAUCCAUUUAUCAGAUGUACACCUGCGCUGAGUGAACCACCACCAAGACAGAAUCCUUGUGAACCAUCACCAUGUGGUUUCAAUUCCCAGUGCAAAGUUGUCAACAACGCACCUUCGUGCUCUUGCCUCCCAGAAUUUAUUGGUGCACCACCUAAUUGCAAACCAGAAUGUAUAAGUAACGACGAGUGUUCAAAUCGCCAUGCUUGCAUCAAUAAAAAAUGCCAAGACCCAUGCGUAGGUUCUUGUGGAGCCAAUGCUGUAUGCAAUGUAAUCACCCACAUUCCAAUGUGUACGUGUGCCACUGGUUAUACAGGGGAUCCAUUCACUCAGUGUAACACUCAACAACCAAUACUAAUUUAUGCACCCCAGCCAUGUGUCCCAUCUCCAUGCGGUGCUAAUUCUGUGUGUAAAGAAAGAAAUGGUGCCGGUUCUUGCUCUUGCUUACCGGAUUACCUUGGAGAUCCUUAUGAAGGUUGUCGUCCUGAAUGUGUACUAAGUAGUGACUGUAUUCCAAGCAAAGCUUGUAUCAGAGCGAAGUGUCAAGAUCCUUGUCCUGGAACUUGUGGACAGAAUGCAGUUUGUCAAGUUAUUAACCAUUCUCCAACAUGCUCAUGCCUUCCUAGAUAUACAGGAGAUCCAUUCCGUUAUUGUAUUGAAGAAAGAGAGCAAGUCGUAGAUGUCAACCCCUGUCAACCUUCUCCAUGUGGACCAAACAGUAUAUGUCGACAAAAUAAUGGAAAUGCUGUUUGUUCGUGUCUUCCUCAAUUUAUCGGAUCCCCACCUGGAUGUCGACCAGAGUGUGUAGUUAAUUCUGAGUGUGCUCUUACACAAUCAUGUAUCAAUCAGAAAUGUGUCAACCCUUGCCCCGAUCCAUGUGGGAUGAAUACGGACUGCAAAGUAAUAAAUCACAGCCCGAUAUGCAGAUGUAAAUCUAGUUUUACCGGAGACCCCUUCACGUCUUGUUCGCUAGUACAGCGCCCAAUGGACACACAAAUAGCAAUUCCCACAAACCCUUGCCUUCCAUCACCUUGCGGACCUAACUCUCUUUGUCGUGAAAGCGGCGGUAAUCCAUCAUGCUCAUGUGCAUCAAACUAUAUUGGAAUACCGCCAAACUGUAGACCCGAAUGUACUAUUAACGCGGAAUGUCCAUUAAAUCUUUCUUGUAUCCGUGAGAAAUGUAUGGACCCAUGUCCUGGAUCAUGUGGAAUAGGAGCAAUUUGCAAUGUUGUUAAUCACGCUGCCACUUGUGUUUGUCCGGAAGGAUUUACUGGAGAUGCAUUUACAAUUUGUUUAUCCAGGCCAGCAAUAAUUGAGGAACGUCCUACCAAUGACCCUUGCAAUCCUUCACCCUGUGGUCCAAAUGCUAUUUGUCAAGAAGGCGUUUGCUCUUGCUUAUUUGAAUAUAGAGGGGAUCCAUACAGUGGUUGUCGACCUGAAUGUGUUGCUAACGAUGACUGUUCACGAGAUAAAGCUUGUAUCCGAAUGAAAUGCGCUGACCCUUGUGUAGGAACUUGUGGACAAAAUGCGCAAUGUGUAACAAUAAAUCAUUUACCAUCAUGCACUUGCCCUCCAGGAACUGAAGGAAAUGCCUUCACUGCUUGCACUCCACGUCGAGAUGAACCUAUAACAAAACCAUGCUCUCCUUCACCUUGUGGACCAAAUAGUCACUGUCAAGCCAUUAAUGGGAUUUCAGUGUGCAAAUGCAUAGACGGUUAUAGCGGAAGUCCACCUGCAUGUCGCCCAGAAUGUGUUGUGUCUUCUGACUGUUCACCAGCAACUGCAUGUGUCAAUCAGAAAUGCAUUAAUCCUUGCUUAGGCUCUUGCGGCUUGAAUGCUGAGUGUACGGUCAUAAGUCACAACCCAAUUUGCAGUUGUCGUCAAGGCUUGACUGGAAAUCCAUUCCAGGCGUGUGUAACAUCGCCACCCAUAAGUGAGAUUAUAGUUAGACCAACUGACCCAUGUAUCCCAUCACCUUGUGGUCCGCAAUCGGAAUGUCAAGUUAAGAAUGGAUUGCCCUCUUGUGCUAAUAUACCACAAUCAUUAGGAUCGCCUGAAUGUGUUAGCAAUGGUGAAUGCAGCUCCAACCAAGCUUGUAUCAAUAGAAAAUGUACAGAUCCUUGUACAGGAUCUUGUGGAUCAAAUACUGAGUGUCGAGUUUUUAGUCAUACGCCAAUGUGCGUGUGUAGUUCAGAAUAUACAGGAGAUCCUUUCACACGCUGUACACCCAUUCUCUAUGGAGAAAGUAGACCCUGUUCACCUACUCCAUGUGGUGCAAAUGCGAUAUGUAGAGAAUCAGGAGGGGCAGGGUCUUGUUCUUGUUUAUCAGAUUAUAUUGGGAAUCCCUAUGAAGGUUGCAGACCACAAUGUAUUAUAGACUCUGAUUGUUCAGCAAAUCUUGCAUGUACAAGAUCCAAAUGUCAAGAUCCUUGUCCAGGAACAUGUGGACAAAAUGCUCUUUGCCAAGUUGUCAAUCAUUCACCAGUGUGUACAUGUUUGCAAGGGUUUGUCGGCGAUCCAUUUCGAUUCUGUACUCCGAUGCUUGAAUCUCCAAUGGUGAAACCAAGCAACCCUUGUAAUCCGUCCCCUUGCGGGCCGUAUAGCGAAUGUCGCAUUAAUAACGGCCAAUCAGUUUGCUCAUGUCUUCCAACAUAUAUUGGCAGUCCGCCUCUUUGUCGUCCAGAAUGUGUCGUUAAUGCAGACUGUCCUACGAGACGUGCCUGUGUCAAUCAAAAAUGUAUGGACCCAUGCCCAGACCCAUGUGGGGAAAAUGCUCUUUGUAAAGUGAUUAACCAUAGCCCUAUUUGUUUCUGUAAAAACGGCUUUAUAGGAGAUCCAUUUACAAGAUGUUUCUUUAUGGAUGAACCUGUAAAAGCACCAGUACAAAAUAGAGAUCCAUGUAUUCCAUCACCAUGUGGCACUAACGCAUUAUGUCAACGUGUUGGAGAUACACCGGCAUGUUCAUGUUUAUCAAAUUAUUUCGGAAGUCCACCUAACUGCGGGCCAGAAUGUGCAGUAAAUUCAGACUGUCCUAGCAACAAAGCUUGCAUGCAAGAAAGAUGCAAAGAUCCUUGUCCAGGAUCUUGUGGAUUUGGUGCCGAAUGCUCAGUUUUGAAUCACGUACCGAACUGUAGAUGUCGUGAAGGGUUCACUGGUGAUCCCUUCAGCCAGUGUAGUUUAAUACCAUUACAAAACGAACCAGUGAUUCAACAAAACCCGUGUGUUCCAUUCCCUUGUGGAGCUAAUGCAAAUUGUGAGAAUGGAGUUUGUACCUGUUUUCCAGAGUAUUUUGGUAAUCCAAUUACAGGAUGUAGACCAGAAUGUCUUCUUAAUACAGACUGUUCUCGAGACCGAGCAUGUAUUCGUAACAAGUGUGAAGAUCCUUGUCCAGGAACUUGCGCUUCCAAUGCUGAAUGCAAUGUCAUUAAUCAUAUUCCAAUGUGUAGCUGUCCAUCAGGCUUUCAAGGAAAUGCUUUUGUUCAGUGUAAUUCUGUACCAGUGCAACUAGUGUCCCCAUGUGAUCCAUCGCCUUGCGGUCCAAACAGUCUUUGUCGUGCAAAUAACGGCCAAGCAGUAUGCACUUGCAUUUCUGGAUACCUGGGUAGUCCACCAAUUUGUAGGCCAGAAUGUGCUGUGAAUUCAGAUUGUUCUUUAGACCGAGCUUGCAUUAAUCAGAAGUGCCGAAACCCAUGCACAGGUGCAUGUGGCUUAAGGGCACAGUGUAGAAUAAUAAAUCACAAUCCAGUAUGUCAGUGUCCAGCAGAGUUUAUUGGAGAUCCAUUUGUUCGCUGCAUGCCAAGGCCGCAAGAAAUUGUUUCAACAAAUCCGUGUCAACCGUCCCCAUGUGGACCGAAUGCGCAGUGUCAAGUUGUUAACGAUUUAUCAUCCUGCUCUUGUCUACCCAACUUUAUUAGUUCACCUCCAAACUGCCGGCCUGAAUGCAUUAGCAAUAGUGAAUGUCCCACUGAUCAAGCAUGUAUGAAUCAAAGAUGUAAAGAUCCUUGUCCUGGCUCUUGUGGAUCCAAUGCCCAGUGUCGUACAGUGAGUCACACGCCAAUGUGCUUUUGCCCUGAUGGACUCACAGGAGAUCCUUUCACACAAUGCUCUGCUCCACUUUACCUCCAAUCAGAGGAAAAACCUACUCCCUGUACACCAUCGCCUUGCGGUUCUAAUGCUGUAUGUAAUGAAAAUAAUGGUGCAGGUUCUUGUACUUGCAUUUCAAACUAUUUUGGAAAUCCUUAUGAAGGAUGUAGACCUGAGUGUGUGAUUAACUCUGAUUGUGCAUUAAAUCGCGCUUGUGUAAAUUCCAAAUGCAUUGAUCCAUGUCCUGGAACGUGCGGCACGAAUGCUGAAUGUCAUGUUGCUAACCAUCUUGCAACUUGUUCUUGUAUCCCCUCUUAUGCAGGAAAUCCGUACAGUUACUGCCUUUUAAAUUCACCUGUUGAAAUAGAUAACACUGAUCCAUGCGCCGUUGCAUUCUGUGGACCCAAUAGUCAAUGCAGAGUUGUUAAUCAGAUAGCUGUCUGCUCUUGUCUUCCUGAGUUUAAUGGAAGUCCACCUGAUUGUAGGCCAGAAUGCGUCAGUAGUUCAGAGUGCCCUUCAGAUGAAGCAUGCAUGAACCAAAAAUGUGUAAAUCCUUGUCCAGCCUCAUGUGGACAAAAUUCUCUCUGUAGAGUAAUCAAUCAUGCUCCUCAUUGUAACUGUAUGCCAGGAUUCACGGGAGAUCCAUUCUCCAUAUGUUUCCCUGCACCUACUAUUCCUGCUGUUGCAAACAAUUAUCCGACCGACCCAUGCAUUCCGAAUCCGUGUGGACCUUAUUCUGAGUGUCAAAAUACAGGUGGCACUUCUUCUUGUAUCUGCCUUCAAAAUUACAGUGGAUCUCCUCCAAACUGUCGACCAGAAUGUACUAUAAAUCCGGAAUGUAGAAGUAAUCAAGCAUGCAUUCGACAAAAGUGCGCAGAUCCCUGCCCCGGAUCUUGCGGAAUUUUAGCUCAAUGUAAUGUUAUCAAUCACACUCCCAUUUGUCUGUGUCCAGUAGGAUAUACCGGAAAUGCUUUCGAACAAUGUUUCCCGAAACCUGUAGAAGAACCACUUGAUCUCGAAACAAAUCCAUGCAUUCCAUCACCAUGUGGAACAAAUGCUCGAUGUGAUAAUGGUCUAUGCACUUGCUUAGCUGAAUAUAAAGGAGAUCCCUACAUCGGUUGUCGUCCAGAAUGUGUAAUGAACACCGACUGUCAGUUGCAACAAGCUUGUGUCCGAAACAAAUGCAUUGACCCGUGUCUUGGAACAUGUGGACAAAAUGCUCUCUGUACUGCUUUUAAUCAUGUUCCAAUGUGUUCCUGCCCAUCGGGAAUGACGGGAAAUGCUUUUGUUUUAUGCUUACCAAUGCAGGCUCCAUCCAACGAUGAUCCUUGUAAUCCAUCUCCAUGUGGACCAAACAGUCAAUGUAGACAGAACAAUUUCCAAGCAGUUUGCUCAUGUAUUUCUGGAUUUAUUGGUGCACCACCGUCUUGCCGUCCAGAAUGUGUAAUAAGUUCUGAUUGUCCUCAACAUGAGGCGUGUAGCAAUCAAAAGUGUAGUGACCCUUGCCCUGGUACUUGUGGUAUUGGGGCUGAAUGCAGAGUUAUUAAUCACAAUCCUGUAUGCAGUUGUCCACUAAGAAUGACUGGAAAUCCUUUUGUUCAAUGUCUAUCUAUUCCCUCAACACCUCCACCUUUUGUGAAUCCAUGCCAACCUUCGCCUUGCGGACCAAAUUCACAGUGUCAAGUUACCAAUGAUGCACCCUCGUGCUCUUGCUUAUCAGAAUUUGUUGGGUCUCCUCCCAAUUGUCGUCCCGAAUGUAUCGGUAACAGUGAAUGUGCUAGUCAACUAGUUUGUAUUAAUAAAAAGUGUAAAAAUCCUUGUCCAGCAUCUUGUGGCGCAAAUGCAAGAUGUCACGUUGUUAGUCACACCCCAAUGUGUGUUUGUCCAGCGGGUUAUACUGGAGACGCGUUUACUGAAUGUGUCUUGCAACAAUUUAUUACACCAAUUGAGACAAUAAAUCCAUGUACUCCAUCACCUUGUGGUUCGAAUGCCGUUUGCAGGGUUCAGCAAAAUGCUGGAUCCUGUAGCUGUUUGCCAGAUUACAUAGGAAAUCCCUACGAAGGAUGUCGACCUGAAUGUGUUUUAAAUUCUGACUGUCCAUCGAAUCUUGCAUGUAUUGGAUCCAAAUGUAAAGACCCUUGUCCAGGAACUUGUGGUCAAAACGCAAAUUGCUAUGUCUUAAAUCAUGUACCCACAUGUCUCUGUCUUGAAAGAUACACAGGAAAUCCGUUUGUUCACUGCCAACCUUUCUCAUCAAUACAAUCAGAAUCAGAAAUCAGUUACCCGUGCCAAACAUGUGGACCCUACAGUCAGUGCCGGGUUAUAAAUGAACAGUCCGUGUGUUCUUGUUUACCAACCUACAUAGGAAGUCCGCCAAGUUGUAGACCAGAAUGCACCGUCAGCGCCGAAUGUCCGUUAAAUCGGGCAUGUGUAAACCAAAAAUGCGUUGACCCUUGUAUUAAUACAUGUGGUGAAAAUUCAAUCUGCAGAGUUUUAAGUCAUAGUCCAUUUUGUACCUGUAAACCGGGUUUCACAGGCGAGCCAUUUUCUCGUUGUUUCCCAUUACCAAUUAUGCCGCCAGUUUCGGAUGUUCCAAGAGACCCAUGUUACCCAUCUCCAUGUGGACCAUUUUCGCAAUGUCAGAAUGUAAACGGAAUACCUUCUUGCUCGUGUCGACCUACAUAUAUGGGAAGCCCACCCACUUGUCGGCCAGAAUGCACAAUUAAUUCAGAUUGCCCUAGCACUAGAGCCUGUAUUAAUGAGCGUUGCCAAGAUCCGUGCUUGGGAUCGUGUGGAUUGAAUGCUGUUUGCAAUGUAUUCAAUCACGUCCCUAGUUGUAAUUGUAUGCAAAAUUAUGCAGGAGAUCCGUUUACAGGCUGCACUUAUCAAUCACCAACUCCCAGUCCAAUUGAAACUGAUCCAUGCAAUCCAUCUCCCUGUGGAGUUAAUACGAGAUGUGAUAACGGAGUAUGCUAUUGUUUACCGGAAUACUUUGGUAAUCCUAACGCAGGUUGUAGACCAGAAUGUGUCUUAAACACGGAUUGUUCAAGUAAUCAAGCAUGUAUCCGCAACAAAUGUGUGGAUCCAUGUGCGAAUGCUUGUGGACAAGGUGCUCUCUGUGAAGUUUUCAAUCACAUCCCUAUGUGCUCCUGUCCAUCAGGAACGACCGGUAGUGCUCUAAUCUCGUGCCAAAUAUUUAAAGCCCCACUUUCUACAAGACCCUGCAGCCCUUCACCAUGCGGGCCGAAUAGUAUUUGUCGGGAGGUAAACGAUCAGGCUGUAUGCACAUGUGCCCCUCAAUACCUUGGAAGUCCACCACUAUGUAGACCCGAGUGCAUCGGCAGUUCCGACUGUCCGAGAAAUGAAGCUUGUACCAACCAAAAAUGUAUAAAUCCCUGUGCUGGAACAUGCGGAUUGCAAGCGAGAUGUCAAGUUAUUAAUCACAAUCCGAUAUGCUCAUGCCCUGAAAGAUACACAGGAAACCCGUUUACCAGAUGCAUUAUACAACAAGAACCACCCGCACCGCCCCAAAAUCCUUGUCAACCGUCGCCUUGUGGGUCUUACUCGACUUGCCAAGUUAUCAAUAAUGCACCAUCUUGUGCAUGCGAACCACAAUAUAUUGGAUCUCCACCAAACUGUAGACCUGAAUGUAUCAGUAACUCGGAAUGUCCUAGCCAUCAAGCAUGCGUUAAUGAAAAAUGUAAAGAUCCUUGCCCAGGAUCUUGCGGAGCAAAUGCAGAAUGUCGAGUUGUGAGCCAUACACCGAAUUGCAUGUGCAUCAGUCCAUUUAGCGGAGACCCAUUUACACAAUGUGUAUUAUUACCAACUGAUCGCCCUAACGAACUGCCCGUUUCUCCCUGCAUGCCCUCUCCAUGUGGAGCAAAUGCAGUGUGCAAAGAAUUAAAUAAUGCAGGAUCAUGCACAUGUCUUCCUGACUACAAAGGGAACCCAUACGAAGGUUGUAGGCCAGAAUGUAUAAUCAGUUCUGACUGUCCAUCCUACCAAGGAUGCUUACAGUCGAAAUGUAGAGAUCCCUGCCCUGGUGCAUGUGCACAAAAUGCCGAAUGUACAGUCAUUAAUCAUUUACCUAUGUGUACCUGCCGUGCAGGAUUCACCGGCGAUCCAUUCAUUUUCUGUUCCAUAAAUCCAAUCAUCUCAGAACCAACCGAUGUUUGUAACCCAUCUCCCUGCGGACCGAACAGCCAAUGUAGAGAAGUAAAUGACCAAGCAGUUUGCACUUGCCAACCAAAUUAUAUCGGAAGUCCACCUGGAUGUAGGCCCGAAUGUAUUGUUAGUGCAGAGUGUCCAUCACAGCUAGCAUGUAUCAACCAAAAAUGCGUUAAUCCAUGCCCAACUCCUUGUGGAAUUGGUACUCAAUGUGUUGUUGUUAACCACAGUCCCAUUUGUUCUUGCCGAUCAGGAUAUAGUGGAGAUCCUUUCACUAGAUGUACACCUAUUCCACCUCCCUUAGACGUCCAGACAAUUAAGUCAGAACCUUGUGUUCCAUCUCCAUGUGGUAGCUUCUCCCAAUGCCGAGACAUUGGAGGAGUUCCUGCCUGCACGUGUUUACAAAAUUAUAUUGGCCAACCACCUAACUGUAGACCGGAAUGUACCAUAAAUUCAGAAUGCCCUAGCAGUAUGGCUUGUAUCAAUGAAAAAUGUAGGGAUCCUUGUCCUGGUUCUUGUGGUUUCGGUGCCAGAUGUAUGACAACAAAUCACAUACCAGUAUGCAACUGUCCCGAUGGGUACACAGGAAAUCCGUUCGACAGUUGCAAUUUACAAGAAAUAUCAUAUGAACCAAAACCAAUCCAAGAUAGAUGCAACCCAUCUCCAUGUGGGGCCAAUGCCCAAUGCAACAACGGCGAAUGCACAUGUUUGUUAGAAUUCCAGGGAAAUCCAUACGCCGGUUGUCGCCCUGAAUGUGUCCUUAAUUCAGAUUGUAACAGAGAUAAGGCUUGUUUACGAAAUAAGUGUGAAAAUCCAUGUCUUGGAGCAUGUGCUAAUAACGCAAUCUGUAAUGUAAUUAAUCACGUACCUAUGUGUAGUUGUCCACAAAACAUGUCUGGAAACCCAUUCAGUCAAUGUUUCCCUGUACAAGAGGAACCGCCGGUUAAUCCAUGUAGCCCAUCACCUUGCGGGUCAAACAGUGAAUGCCGUGUAGUCAAUGGUCACGCUGUAUGUACAUGUAUAACAGGCUACAUUGGAAGUCCACCAACAUGUAGACCAGAGUGCAUAGUUAGCACUGAUUGCCCUCAGAAUGAAGCUUGUUCCAAUCAAAAGUGUGUAGACCCUUGUCCGGGAACUUGUGGCGUGAAAGCUAAAUGCGAAGUGGUCAAUCAUAGUCCAAUUUGCAGUUGUCCAAUAAGAUUUACGGGCGAUCCAUUCAUUAGAUGCACGCCAAUGCUCGAUGAACCGGAGAGAGUGAAUCCCUGUCAACCGUCACCUUGCGGACCGAUUUCGCAGUGCCAAGUUCUAAAUAAUUCACCUUCUUGCUCUUGCUUGAGUGAAUUUAUUGGGAUACCACCAAAUUGUAGACCGGAAUGUGUUAGUAAUAGUGAAUGUUCUAGUCAAUUAGCAUGCAUCAAUCAAAAGUGCAGAAACCCUUGCACCGAUUCAUGUGGUGCAAAUGCAGAGUGUCACGUUGUAAGUCAUACUGCAAUGUGCACUUGUGCAACUGGGUACACUGGUGAUCCAUUCACCCAGUGCGUCUACAAAGACACUUCUGUUACUCCACCCACGAGACCAUGCGUUCCUUCUCCUUGUGGGUCAAAUGCCAUAUGCACAGAGCUCAAUGAAGCUGGAUCUUGCAGCUGUAUUUCAAAUUACAUUGGUAAUCCAUAUGAGGGAUGCCGACCAGAGUGUGUUUUAAAUUCUGAUUGUCCCUCAAAUCAAGCUUGUGUCAACUCAAGGUGUAAAGAUCCUUGCCCUGGUACUUGUGGAACAAACGCGGAAUGUCUAGUCAUUAACCAUCUACCUACGUGUUCAUGUUAUCCGCAGUACACAGGAGAUCCUUUCAAUUACUGUAGAAUCGUACCUCCAGUAACUGAUACUCCACGUCAACCAUGUAUUCCAUCCCCUUGUGGGCCUAAUAGUCAAUGUCGAGAAAUAAAUGGGCAGGCUACCUGUUCAUGUUUACCGGAAUUCCUUGGUCAGCCGCCAGGAUGUCGCCCAGAAUGUACCAUAAACUCUGAGUGCAGCUCGACCAAAGCUUGCAUUAAUAGAAAAUGCACUGAUCCUUGUCCUGGGACUUGCGGCCUCAGUGCCCGAUGUGAAACGAUUAAUCACAGUCCCAUAUGUUCAUGCCCAGGAGCGUACACUGGUGAUCCAUUCGUAAAUUGCUUCCCAAGUCCACUUGAAAACCCACAACUGCCGCCUAGUCAAACCGUGAAUCCGUGUGUACCAUCUCCUUGCGGUCCAAAUUCAGAGUGUCGUAGCAUUAAUGACCAAGCAUCAUGUGCUUGCUCAGCUAAUUAUAUAGGAAGGCCACCGAACUGCAGACCAGAAUGUACGAUUAACUCUGAUUGUCCAAGCAAUGAGGCUUGUUUUCAACUGAAGUGUAGAGACCCAUGUCCUGGAGCAUGUGGUUUAGGAGCUGAAUGUAAUGUUGUUAAUCACACGCCAAAUUGUGCUUGCCUAGCUUCUUAUACUGGAAAUCCAUUUACUAGAUGUACUCCUAUGAUACAAGCUUCCGAGUCACCAAGACCAGUCAGUCCUUGUGAUAAUUGUGGCGCAAACACACAAUGUGUGAAUGAUGUCUGCACAUGUUUACCUGAAUUUAGAGGAGAUCCAUAUGCAGGCUGUCGACCGGAAUGUGUCAUGAACUCUGAUUGUCUAAAAUCACAGGCUUGCAUAAGAAACAAAUGCAUAGAUCCGUGCCUUGACACUUGUGGAAAUAAUGCUUUAUGCUCAGUUGUUAAUCACGUACCCAUAUGUACUUGUCCAAGAGGAAUGGCUGGCAAUGCAUUUGUUGCUUGUUCUCCUGUAGAAGUUCCCACGAUACAAGACCCUUGCAAUCCAUCCCCUUGUGGACCAAACAGUCAAUGCCGAAAGAUAAAUGAGCAAGCGGUGUGCUCUUGCGUGCCAGAAUAUUUGGGUGUCCCACCCAAUUGCAGACCUGAAUGUACAAUUAGUUCGGACUGUCGCUCCGACAUGGCUUGUAGCAAUCAAAAAUGCAUAGAUCCAUGUCCUGGAACAUGUGGUAUAAGAUCCCAUUGCUCUGUUACAAAUCACAAUCCAAUUUGUACUUGUCAAGGAGAACUCACAGGUGAUCCAUUUGUCGCAUGCUUUCCUCGACCAACACCAAUAGUAUCUCCAACCAAUCCGUGUGAAUUGUCGCCAUGUGGUCCUAACGCUCGAUGCGAGGUACUCAAUAAUUUACCCUCUUGCACAUGCUUACCCGAGUUUUCUGGAUCCCCACCAAAUUGUAGACCAGAAUGUAUCAGCAAUAGCGAAUGUGACACUCAACUAGCUUGCAUAAACAGAAAAUGCCGAAAUCCAUGCCCUGGUUCUUGCGGCUCAAAUACAGAAUGCAGAGUCGUUAGUCAUACACCAAUGUGCGUUUGUGUGCCAGGAUAUAGCGGAGAUCCUUUCACUCAAUGUACUUUAAGACCAUUGGAGAUACCUCAAGAGAGACCCACCCCAUGUGUGCCGUCGCCUUGCGGCUCUAACGCAGUUUGUAGAGAAUUGAACGGAGCAGGAUCAUGUUCCUGCUUGUCUGAUUAUAUUGGCAAUCCUUAUGAAGGAUGUAGGCCAGAAUGUACCAUUAACUCGGAUUGUACCUCAGAUAGAGCGUGUAUUCGUUCAAAAUGUCAGAACCCUUGUCCAGGAACAUGCGGUCAAAAUGCUGUUUGUCAAGUAUUAAAUCAUCUCCCAGUUUGCAUGUGCCAAUUCGGCUAUUCCGGCAAUCCAUUCAGUUUUUGCACCCCAAUACAGGAAUCUCCUACAUUUAACGAUGUUUGCAAUCCAUCUCCCUGUGGACCCAAUUCCCAAUGCCGGGACUCAAACGGACAAGCCGUUUGUUCCUGUAUGCCUACGUUUAUCGGAAGUCCGCCUGCAUGCAGGCCAGAAUGUACUGUCAGUACAGAAUGUCCUACGAAUCAAGCUUGCAUCAACAGAAAAUGUAGUGACCCUUGUCCUGGAAUCUGCGGACUCAAUUCUCAGUGUAUUGUUAACAAUCACAGCCCAAUUUGUAGCUGCAAAGCUGGCUUAACUGGAGAUCCUUUCAUAUCAUGCUUCGAAAUGCCUCCUUUACAAGAACCUCCUCCGGUGGUUAAUCCUUGUGUUCCAUCACCAUGUGGACCAUUUUCUAUAUGCCGAGAUAUUGGAGGUCUAUCAGCAUGUUCUUGUACAAAUGGCUAUACCGGAUCCCCACCAAAUUGCCGUCCCGAAUGCACAAUUAAUUCUGAAUGUACAAGCAAUAUGGCAUGUUUAAGACAGAAAUGCGCAGAUCCUUGUCCAGGAUCAUGUGGUGUUAAUGCUUAUUGUGCGGUAUUGAAUCACAUACCCAGCUGCACGUGUCCAGAAGGUUAUUCUGGAGAUCCAUUUAGAAGUUGCUCUCCUGUACUGCCUGUAGAGAGGCCGAAACCAAAUGAUCUUUGUAAUCCUACACCAUGUGGACCAAAUGCUAUAUGCCGAGAUGGUACUUGUUCGUGUUUGCCUGAAUAUUUUGGUGAUCCAUACCUAUCGUGCCGGCCAGAAUGCGUUCAAAGCACAGAUUGCGCAUCGAGUAAAGCGUGCAUUCGAAAUAAGUGUGUUGAUCCUUGUCCUGGAGUUUGUGGUCAAAAAGCCGUUUGUAAUGUUUUCAACCACAUACCAAUAUGUUCUUGUCCGGAAGGAAUGACUGGAAACGCGUUUAUCACUUGUUCCCCUGUAGACCAAAAUGUUGUUAAAAGUCCAUGCAAUCCAUCACCAUGCGGACCUAAUAGUAGAUGCCAACCAGUUAACGGACAACCAGUAUGCUCAUGUGUAGAGGGAUAUACCGGCAGUCCUCCCGGUUGUCGGCCAGAGUGCAUAAUUAAUUCUGAUUGCGCGCUCAAUCAGGCAUGUAUUAAUCAAAAAUGCAGAGAUCCUUGUCCUGGAACUUGCGGAAUAUAUGCUCAGUGUCAAGUCAUAAAUCACAAUCCAAUCUGUAGUUGUCCUCCAAUAUUUACUGGUGAUCCGUUUGUAAGAUGCAUCCCAAGACCGGAUGGACCAAUUGAGAGACCAAAUCCGUGCAUACCAAACCCAUGUGGUCCAAGCUCAGAAUGUAAAGUAAUCAAUGACGCGUCAUCUUGCGCUUGCCUUGCUGAAUUUAUUGGAUCGCCUCCUAACUGCAGACCUGAAUGUGUCAGUAACAGCGAAUGUGAUACUCGAUUAGCUUGCAUUAAUCAGAAGUGUAGAGAUCCUUGUGUAGGUUCGUGUGGCACUAAUGCAGAGUGCAAUGUUAUGAAUCACGUGCCCAUGUGCUCUUGUAGUCCCGGAUUUACUGGAGAUGCAUUUGUUCAGUGUACUAUACAACAAUCCGAACCACAAGUUCCACCUCAACCUUGUAUUCCUUCACCGUGUGGACCAAAUGCAAUGUGUAAAGAACAAAAUGGUAUUGGCUCAUGUUCAUGUUUAGCUGAAUAUAUUGGCAAUCCUUACGAAGGAUGUCGUCCAGAAUGUAGCAUAAAUUCAGAUUGUCCUGCAAACUUAGCAUGUAUUCGAUCAAAAUGCCAGAACCCUUGCCUGGGAAUGUGCCCUGGAAGAAAUACUCAUUGUCAAGUGGUAUCACAUCUACCAAUUUGUAGUUGUCUUCCCGGUACUACUGGAGACCCAUUUGUCCUUUGCAGUUACGUGGUAGAUGAACUCCCAGUUAGUCCUUGCGAACCUUCACCCUGUGGACCUAAUAGUGAAUGUAGAGAAAAUCAAGGGCAAGCAAUUUGUACCUGCUCGCGAGAAUUCUUCGGAAGCCCACCAAAUUGUAAACCAGAAUGUCUUGUAAGCGCCGAAUGCAGCCCUCGUCAAGCUUGUAUCAAUCAAAAAUGUAGUGAUCCGUGUCCUGGUCUUUGUGGAAUCGCAGCAGAAUGUAGAGUUAUAAAUCACAGUCCAAUUUGUAGAUGCUCAGAGGGGCAAACAGGUGACCCAUUCAUUCGAUGUUUCUCUGCACAAGUUACGGAUGCAAAAGACCAAGAACCUAGAGACCCAUGCUUACCCUCACCUUGUGGACCAAACGCAAUAUGUAGAAAUGUUGGAAAUACAGCAGCGUGCGCUUGUAUAGACAGUUACAUUGGUGUACCUCCAAACUGUCGACCAGAAUGUUCCAUAAAUUCAGACUGCACACACGAUAAAGCUUGUAUAAGAGAAAAAUGCAGAGAUCCUUGUCCAGGAUCUUGUGGUUUUGGGGCUCGUUGUGCAGUUGUGAAUCACACACCUGGUUGUACUUGUCCUGAAGGUUUUACUGGUGAUCCUUUCACCAAUUGUUCCCCUAUACUUCAACUAGCACCGGAAUCACCUCGCGAUCCUUGUAACCCAUCACCUUGUGGUGCAAAUGCACAAUGCAACAAUGGAUUAUGCACAUGUCUAAACGAGUAUUCUGGAGAUCCCUACUCAGUUUGUAGACCUGAGUGUGUCGUAAAUCCAGACUGUCCUCGUAACAGAGCAUGCAUCCGCAAUAAAUGCGUUGAUCCUUGUGCAGGCUCAUGUGGCUUAAAUGCAGAGUGUGUUGUUGUAAACCAUUUACCAAUGUGUAGUUGUCCAAGAAGUAUGUCCGGAAAUGCAUUCGUUUUAUGUUCACCAAUAGCAGAAGUAGUAAAUACUCAACCCUGCAAUCCAUCACCAUGUGGGCCAAACAGUCACUGUCGGCAAUCUAACGGCCAGGCUGUUUGUAGUUGUAUUCCCGGUUAUAAUGGAGUACCUCCUUCAUGUAGACCUGAGUGCGUGGUGAAUUCAGAUUGUGCUAGAAACAGAGCCUGCGUUAAUCUCAAGUGUAUUGAUCCUUGCAUUGGUUCUUGUGGUUUUGCUGCUCUUUGUGCAGUUAUUAAUCACAAUCCUGUUUGUUCUUGUCCGCUACGGUAUACUGGAAAUCCAUUUGAGCAAUGCUACACGCAACCUCUUGCAUUACCUCCUUCUACACCAAGCAGUGCUUGUGAACCGAAUCCUUGUGGUCCAAAUUCAAUCUGCCGUGAAAACAAUCAAUCUCCUUCUUGCUCUUGCUUGCCUGAUUUCCUUGGAGCUCCGCCAAGUUGUAGACCCGAAUGUAUUAGCAAUAGUGAAUGUCCAAAUCAUUUAGCUUGUAUAAACAGGAAAUGUGCAGACCCAUGUCCCGGAAUUUGCAACGUAAAUGCUGAAUGCAAAACUAUUAGUCAUGUAGCUAUGUGCACAUGUAAAACUGGAUUUAGUGGCGACCCAUUUAUACAGUGUAUUCCGGAAAAACCAUUUACUCCUGAAUCAGGUGUGGUUAGUGCAUGUCAAAGAUAUCCAUGUGGCACAAAUGCAGUAUGUCGCGAAUCUGCGGGAUCGAGUACUUGCACCUGUUUACCCGAUUAUUAUGGAAACCCAUAUGAAGGUUGUAGACCUGAAUGUCUCAUUAACUCAGACUGUCCAUUCGACAGAACUUGUAUUCGUAACAAAUGUGAAGAUUCUUGUCCGGGCAGCUGCGGACAAAACACUAUGUGCCAAGUCAUUAAUCACUCGCCAGAUUGUCAAUGUAUUCCUGGUUAUAGCGGUAAUCCAUACCAAUACUGCACUAUGACCUGGGAAAAACCAAUAGUAGAAACAAGUGAUCCAUGCAAUCCAUCACCAUGUGGUCCUAACAGUCAGUGCCGUAAUAGCAACGGCCAGGCAAUUUGUUCGUGUUUGCCUACGUUUAUGGGCAUUCCACCAGGUUGUAGACCAGAAUGUACAGUAAGCUCGGAAUGUCCUGUGAACCGCGCUUGUGUGAAUCAAAAAUGCGUUGACCCAUGUGAAGGAAUAUGUGGCAUUGAUGCACAAUGCAGGACAGUAUAUCAUAGUCCUAUUUGUAGUUGCAACCCUGGACAAACUGGUGAUCCCUUUGUUCGGUGUAUCGAUGUAGUUUCUUUAGAUCCAUCGAUAGUUCCCGCAAAUCCUUGUGUUCCUUCACCUUGUGGACCAUUUUCCAUAUGUAUGGAUAGAGGAGGUUAUCCAUCAUGUUCGUGUUCGGACAACUAUAUAGGAUCGCCACCCAACUGUCGACCUGAAUGUACAAUAAAUUCGGAAUGUAUUAGCAAUAAGGCCUGUAUCGGCGAAAGAUGUAAAGACCCUUGCCCAGGUUCCUGCGGCUUCAAUGCCAUUUGCCAAGUAGUUAACCAUACUCCAAUGUGCACAUGCCCAGAAAAAUACACUGGAGAUCCUUUCAAUAAUUGUUUCCCCGAACCACAAAUACCACAAAAACCGCCAAUACGAGAUAAGUGCAAUCCUAACCCGUGCGGACCAAAUGCCCAAUGUCGAGAUGGCAUUUGUACCUGUCUACCUGAAUAUAGAGGAGAUCCCUACUUUAGUUGCCGCCCGGAAUGUGUUCAAAACUCUGAUUGCCCACAAAACAAAGCUUGCAUUAACAACAAAUGUGCAGACCCUUGUCCUGGAGUCUGUGGGCAAAAUGCAGAUUGCCAAGUAAUUAAUCAUAUCCUGACUUGUAGCUGCAUUCCAAAUUAUGAAGGUGAUCCGUUCACUGCCUGCCAACUUAUUAAGAAACGCACCAACCCCUGCAAUCCUUCACCCUGUGGACCCUACAGUAUAUGUCGAGAAUUUGGCGACCAAACCUCCUGCUCAUGUAUAAGUGGCUAUUUCGGUACCCCACCGAGCUGCAGACCUGAGUGUAUUGCUAGCUCUGAUUGUCCACAAAACAAAGCCUGCAUUAAAGAAAAGUGUGAAAACCCAUGCACAAAUGCCUGCGGGCAAAAUAGUUUGUGCAACGUGCGAAAUCAUAAUCCCAUUUGCACAUGUCCCCCACGUUACACAGGUGAUCCUUUCGUCAACUGCUUCCCCAUGACAACCCCUGAAGACCAAUGCAACCCCUCACCAUGUGGACCAAAUACCCAAUGUACGCCCUCCACUGGCAAAACACCCCUGUGCUCCUGUUUACCCAUGUUUUUAGGGUUUCCGCCGAACUGUAGACCCGAAUGUCUUGUUAACAGCGAAUGUCCUAACCAUCUCGCUUGUAUCAGGCAAAAAUGUACUGAUCCUUGCAUAGGAUCCUGCGGAAACAAUGCCAUUUGCCGGGCUACCCUACACCGACCCCAGUGUUCUUGUCCCCAGGGAUAUACAGGAAAUCCGAUUGAUGGUUGCUCCCUGAUUCAGAAUGUACCACCGGUCACCACCAGGCCAUGUGAUCCUUCGCCCUGUGGAGUUAACGCUUUCUGCCGUGAACGUUUUGACACUGCAAUCUGCGAGUGUCAACAGGACUAUAGAGGAAACCCAUACGAAGGAUGUCAUCCCGAAUGCUUGGUCAACAGCGACUGUCCCAAAUCUCAAGCUUGCAUCAGGACCAAGUGCCAAGAUCCUUGCGUCGGAACAUGUGGAAUUGGGGCAAUCUGCUCUGUAUCCAACCACUUCCCUGUAUGCUCUUGCCCACAACCAACGGUGGGAGAUGCUUUCACCCUGUGUCAGCCAAUGACAGUUCCACCAAAAUCCGACCCAUGCCAUCCAUCACCUUGCGGACCAAACACCAUCUGCGAUAGUAUUGGUGGAAAUGCACUUUGCCGAUGCUUACCAGGAUUGAAGGGCGUACCUACAGAUCCUUCUGGCUGUCACCCAGAAUGUAUUCUGAGUUCCGAUUGUCCAGGAGAUUUAGCAUGCAUAAACAACAAGUGUGCGAAUCCUUGUGCUCAAAACGUUUGUGGCGUUAAAGCCAAUUGCAGAGUCAUCAACCACAGUCCACUUUGCACUUGCCCAUCGACCUUAGUCGGAAAUCCUCUGGAGGAAUGUUACGAAGAAAAAGCUCUCAAUCCCUGCAACCCAAGUCCAUGCAACAGCAAUGGUGAAUGUAGAGUAAGGCACGGUCUGCCAAUUUGCAUCUAUCCAGAGUGUGUCAUCAACACAGAUUGUCCGCGUGACAGAGCUUGCUUCUCUCAGAAAUGUAGAGAUCCUUGUGUCGACGCUUGUGGUAUUAAUUCUCUCUGCCAGACCAUAAAUCAUAGAGCGAUUUGCUCAUGUCCCAAAGGUUUCAUAGGAAGUCCUUACGUUCAGUGUACAAUACCUCAAGAAGAACCACCUCGACCAGAGUGUACAGACAACUCAGAGUGUCCAAAUAACAAAGCUUGCAUUAACCUCAUAUGUACCAAUCCUUGCGAACUCGAUUCGUGUGGCUUCAACAGCAACUGCUUUGUUCAAAACCACAGAGCAGUUUGCACAUGCAAGGAUGGCUUUAUUGGAAAUCCUCAACAUCAGUGUAUCAAAAUUGGAUGCCGCAGUGAUAAUGAAUGUUCACCAUCCCAAUCCUGCGUCAAUAACGAAUGUAUCGACUCUUGCUUGAUAACUCAGUGUGGAAUCAGCGCGCAAUGUAAGUCAGAUGGAUAUCACAGAGCCAACUGCUAUUGUCCAGAAGGAUACUUAGGAAACCCGUAUGACCGAUGCCAGCGACCAGAAUGCAGUGCAGAUAACGAAUGUGCCUCUUUCCUGGCAUGUCGUAACAACAGAUGCGUCGAUCCAUGCAAUUGUCCACCAUCAGCUCAAUGUUCCGUUGCAAACCAUCGACCUAGUUGCCGAUGUGCACCUGGAUUCAUGGGUGAUCCUUACGUAUUCUGCGCAAUGGAGCCAGCUACAAUUCCUCCUGAGUGUAAAAUUGAUGCAGACUGUGCAAGCAAAUUCGCUUGUUUCGACGGGGCUUGCAAGGAUCCUUGCAAAGAAUCUAAACCCUGUAUUCCUAAUGCCAAAUGUUCUGUUGUGGACACUCUACCAAUGAGAUUGUUGAUUUGCGAGUGUGCACCAAACUUUAUUGGAGAUGCCACAGUCGCUUGUCUCCCAGUGGACAAAAAAAUAGAACAUAUUUGCCAAUCAGACUCAGAAUGCACGCCUGAUACGGCAUGUAUUAAUCAACGUUGUGUAAAUCCAUGUGGAGUCAGUCCAUGUGCUCAUUCUGCUGAAUGUCAUGUUGAGAACCAUCGUCAUCGGUGUCUCUGUCAUGAAGGAUUAAUUGGAGAUCCGUUUAUAAACUGCCACAGAGAAACGCUUCCCGAGUGCACAAUAGAUUCCGAUUGUAUUUCAGACCUAGCAUGUAUAAACCAGGUUUGUCAAAACCCGUGUUUAAAUGCGCGCUGCGGAUCAAACUCUGAAUGUGUCGUUCACAAUCACCACCCAACCUGCAGAUGUCCUUUUAAUCUGGCUGGAGAUCCUCAAGUUCAAUGUUUCAAUCCUGAGUGUGAGGCAGAUAGUGACUGUCCCUAUGACAAAACUUGUGUCAACCGAAAUUGUGUUUCUCCUUGUGUUAACGCACUUGUCACCUGUGGACGAGGAGCGGAAUGUACAGCAGCCGCUCACCGAGCUCAGUGUUCUUGUCCUCCCGGCACUCAAGGAGAUCCACGUGUUGCUUGCAUUCAAGGCGUUUGCCAUUACAACGAGGAUUGUGCCGACGACGAGGCUUGUGAUAGGUUAAAUAGAGUCUGUCGCAAGGUUUGCUCUGAGGACAGCUGUGCGGUGGAUGCUAUUUGUCAAGCGCAGAACCAUGAGCUGAAAUGUUCUUGUUCUCCGGGAACUAAAGGAAAUCCGUACGUCGAGUGUCUGGGAGAACCAUUUGAACCAGACUGCACAGAAGACCGACAAUGCCCAACGCAUUUCGCUUGUAUUAAUGCUAGGUGUCAAGAUCCUUGCUUGGUUGCUAACAUGUGCAGCAGUGACCGAACUUGCAGAGUCUUUCCCACGGAACAUAUUCGAACUAUCAUUUGUGAGUGUCCGAAAGAUGCGUACACUGAUGAAAACGGCAAUUGUAGGAUGCAUGGUGCCGAUCAAUGUCGCGUGGAUGAUGAGUGCGACAAUCACGAAUUAUGCCAGAGUGGAUCUUGCAUUGUAGCUUGUCUCACCAUCCAAUGUGGAUUCAAUGCUCAAUGUAAAUCUACGUCUCACUCCGGAAUUUGUACCUGUGCUGCCGGUUUUUCGGGUAACCCAUACAUAGAAUGCUCCGAAGUUACAAUUCAAACACCGAUAUAUCUUCCUGACUGCGUUUCCAACGAUGAUUGCUCCUCAGAUAAGCAGUGUAUCAACUCUCGCUGCACUAAUCCUUGUAUUGAGGCUAGUCCUUGCGGAAGAAAUUCGUUCUGCCACGUUUACGAUCAUAAUGCAGAGUGCAAAUGUCCCGAAACAUACUUGGGCAAUCCUAUCGUUGAGUGCAUACCACCUUUGAAAAUACCAAUAUGCGACUCGAACAGUCAGUGCGCUGGUACGGAAUCGUGUGUCAAUGGCAACUGUAUUAGUCCGUGCGAUUGUGGUUUAAAUACCAAAUGUUUUGUCGCAAACCACUAUCCAAUUUGCAGUUGCUUACCAGGAUACUCCGGAAAUCCACAUUUAGGAUGCACCAAGUUGGAAUGUGAAAUAGACAGUGACUGUAGAUACACUGACAUAUGUCACAAUGGACAGUGCAUCAACCCUUGCAUUUUAGAAGAUAAAUGCGCUGUUAAUGCUGAAUGCUACGGAGCUAAUCAUCGAGCAGCAUGUAAAUGUGGUCCAGGAUAUUACGGAAACGCAGAUGUACACUGUGAGAGAGCAGAGUGCACCAGCAGUUACGACUGCCCAUUCAAUCUGGAUUGUUAUGAAAACAGAUGCAUCAAUCCCUGCACAUACGACAAUCCAUGUGCACAAAACGCCGAAUGUUUCGUUCAAAAUCACAUCGCGUCCUGCCGCUGUCCGGAAACUUUACCUAGCGGAAAUCCAUACUCUUACUGUGAACGUCGUCCACCACAAAAUGAACCCGAAUGUCUCAAAGAUGUGGACUGUCCAAGCAAACUGGCUUGCAUUAAGAAGACUUGUGUGGAUCCCUGCACUGAAAUUCGACCUUGUCUCGAGAAUGCUCGUUGCAGCGUUUUCGAUAACGUGCCCGUACGAACUAUGGUGUGCACCUGUCCGGAUGGAUGGAUUACAAACAAAGAUGGAUUCUGUUCACGAAUUCAAAUCACCAGUGGAUGCGACUCAAACGACCAAUGUCCGGAACACCAGUCUUGUAUAAACCGCCAAUGUCGAGACCCUUGUAAUUGUGGAAGCAACGCCGUUUGCUACGUCAAGAACCACAACCCGAUUUGUUCUUGCCAGAAGGGAUAUCAAGGUCAUCCUGAUGUCGCCUGCUUCCCCGCCGAGUGUCAACGUGACUCCGAAUGCAUGCCCGACAAGGCAUGUGAAAAUGGAAACUGUGUCAAUCCUUGUCUACUGACUUCAUGCGGUACAAAUGCGGAGUGCUUCGUUCGAAACCAUAAGGCAAAUUGCCGCUGUCAAUCAGGUUUCCGAGGAAACGCUCAAGACAUGUGUCGUGUAAUCGGAUGCUACAGAAACAGCGACUGUCCCAGCGACCAUGCAUGUGUCAACGAGCAGUGUACCAACCCAUGCUUAACUGACACUUCUUGUUCUUCCCGAGCCAGCUGCAUAGUGCAAAAUCACCUUCCAUUCUGCAAAUGCCAGAAUCAUUUCACCGGAGAUCCUUACGUUGGCUGUGAGCGUCGUCCAGAACCACAGUGUAGGGAUGAUGAUGACUGUCCUCACUUAAGAGCUUGCAUAAAUGAAAAAUGUCAAGAUCCUUGUACGGCGCUCGAACCUUGCGUUGAACCAGCUGAGUGUAGAGUGAUGCCCAACCAUUCAGUGAAGUCGCUGGUUUGCGUUUGUCCAAGCGGGUACAUCAGCAGUGGAAGCAGAACUUGCGAACGAAUCAUUAUCAAUCCUGGCUGCACACGAGAUAGCGAUUGUCCAUCAGACGAAGCUUGCAUCAAUGCACUCUGUAAAGAUCCAUGUGCUUGCGGCUCGAAUGCGGCUUGUACUGUGAGAGACCAUAAGCCAAUAUGUUCGUGUCUUCCUGGACACGAUGGAAACCCUCAAGUGCACUGUAGUAAAGUUAUCGGUUGUCGAUCAGAUAGCGAAUGUAGCGGAACUCACACUUGCGUCAACCACAACUGCGUACCAGCAUGUGCGCCUUCAGCAUGUGGAAGAGGAGCAGAGUGUCUUGCUAUAAAUCACAAAACCAUCUGUGAAUGUCCACUUGGUUAUGGCGGUAAUCCGAGAGUUGCUUGUGUUCUCAUUGGAUGUAGAAGUAACACUGAAUGUCCUACGGACAAGGCUUGCAUUAAUAAACUAUGCGAAAGUCCUUGCACACAAAAUCCUUGCACGGGACAAACGGAAUGUCGUGUCCACAAUCAUGCUGUUCAGUGCCUCUGUCCCGAAGGAUACGUCGGAGAUGUAAGAAAAGGCUGCCGUAAAGUUGAUGUAUUAUGCAAGUCUGACUCCGAUUGUCCAUCCCAAAAAGCAUGCUUCAAUGGCCAGUGCAGUAAUCCUUGCGAGAUGGUCAGGCCUUGUGGAAUCAAUGCAAAUUGUAGAAUUUCUGACGUACUGCCAAUAAGAUUAAUGAUAUGUGAAUGCUUGCCUGGAUAUCGAGGAUACGCAAUUGAACGCUGUGAAAAAGUUAAAGAUUGUCCGCUAGAGAAGGGUCAAGUUCGAGACGAGAAUGGAAACUGUGUGUGUCCGCCUGGUAAGGGUAAGGAUAGAAAUGGCGUUUGCACAACUUGUCGCCCGGAAAUUGGAAUGAGAAUUGAUCUCGAUGGCAAUUGUGUUUGUGCUCUUGAGAAAGGUUGGAGCUAUGACGAAUAUGGAAACUGCGUAUGCCCAACACAACAUGGUUACACUGUAGAAAAAGACGAGUGCAAACUGAAAGCUUGCUUCAAUGACGAUGAUUGUCCAGACGACAAAACGUGUUCAUCAAUGACAUCCACGUGCGAAAAAUGUCCUAAAGGCUAUCAUGGUCUGCAUUGCACUAAGGUCAUGUUUCCUAAUUUAGCUGGACGUACGGACUUCCCUAAAUCGGAAGUUCAGGCGCAUUGUCUCUCUGAUGGUAUAGAGGUAGACAUAAACUUCAGCAACAGUACAGAAGCAGAUGGUUUUGACGGGGUGCUAUACGUGAAGGGCCAUAGCAAAGAGGAAGAGUGUAGAAGAAUUAUUUCUCUAGAUCGUGGUGUGACCAAUCAUCACCUGACAUUCAAAGUUAGGUUUGGUAAUUGCGGAUUAAUACACGUCAAUGGAGAAGCCGCUUUCAAACUCAUUAUACAAAAGCAUCCGAAACUGAUGACGUUCAAUGCACAAGCAUAUGUUAUUCGGUGCUUGUAUCAAAUUGGAGAACAAAAUGUAACGCUAGGAUUCAAUGUUUCAAUGCUCACGACCGCUGGAACAAUUGCAAACACCGGACCUCCACCAACUUGUGCAAUGCGAAUUGUCACUCAAAAUGGAGCUGAUGCUAUGGACGCGGAAAUAGGAGAUAAUCUCAUGUUACAAGUCAAUGUAACUCCCAAUUCGAUUUACGGAGGUUUUGCACGAAAUUGUGUUGCCAAAACGAUGGACGAUAAGAAAGAAAACGAAUACAUCGUCACGGACGAGAACGGGUGCGCUACUGACCCAACGAUAUUUGGAGAAUGGGAACAAGACGCUGAAACGCAAGUUUUGUCAGCGAGCUUCAACGCAUUUAAAUUUCCCAAUAGCGACAAUAUACGCUUCCAGUGUAAUAUCCGUGUCUGCUUCGGUAGAUGCCAGCCAGUUAAUUGUAGAGGAUAUAACGCUUUUGGACGUCGACGAAGAGACGUCGAGUCCGAACCUAAUGACACUGCCUUAAGUAUAAGAAACGGUAACGAAGGACAACUUCAUGAAGAAAUUACAGUAAAUUCAAACACAAUACGUACCAUGGAGAGGACAGAACCCCGAUAUCUAUCGGAUCCUACUGGAUCUCCUGCAGCUCAACGAGUAGAAGACAUAUGUGUUUCAAUGGUCGGCUUCGUAAUAUCACUAGUUAUUACAGCACUUCUGGCGCUAGUCGCCGUAGCAAUAGCUGUUUCCUGUUGGCUCUUGGCCUAUCGACGCCAGCCAAAGACAGCCGGACCACUGCCACAUCCACCCGAAUUCCCAAAUCCCUUGUUCACCACCGAAUCGGUGGCUGAACCAUCGCCCGAUUAUCAUCUGUCAUAAAUCUCAUAGAAUAAUUAUUUGAUAAUUAACAUAAUUUGAUAGGUAAAUGAGAAAUACAUCUCGGGCCAUUCGCGUCCUACUGACCAGUUUUGUAUUUCUGCGGCAUCUCCUCCAUUGACUUAUUCUUCCUUAAUCUCAGGGUACGUUUGAUCAUGAUGGAAAGUGUAUUUGAUAUCGAUGAGCAUUGUAGCACUUACUAUUUAUGGUGAUGGUAUUUUCCAUUAUCUAGGUAUGCGUGAAAAGACUUUGUACUUUUACAUUCUUUUAUUUCUUAUAAGUAUCGAUUCUAGUCCCUGGAGGAUUUGUUUAAUAUAUAAUCAUUUGCAAACUUAAUUGCUGUGUAAAGUCAAACAAAUUAGUCUAAUAUAGCUUUCUUACUUUUAGACAAUUGUACAUUUUUUAUCUAAUAAAAGGCUAAUGAUUUA